UGGGUGGGUGGGGGGAGUGAUGAGGUGAUAAAAAGGGAUGAAGGAGGAAAGUGCAGGCAGAUCCACAGACAAGGAAGGAGGAAGACGCGUUCAGAGGAAUCACUAUAAACAGACACAGACAGACAUGCCUGAGCCCCAGAAGCCAGGUAAGCUGGUCCGACCGGGAGGAUCACACUUGAAAACUCACUGAUCAAAAACAAGAAGUGGAAGCUGAUAGUGCAGAGAGAUGUUCAGAUGAGAGCAAAGAAAACAAAGAAUUCUGACACUUAUUUUGGAACUAUCCUGAGUAAAAAAAGUGCAUGAAUUUGCUUCUUCUGAAAUAACAUCAUAAAAUGAAGGCAGCCUUUGAAAGAUGUUAUCAUCAGCAAUAGUGUUUUAUUGGUGCACUAUAACCAGAUCCACACUAGCAUCACUUCAGAUGCAGCCUCUUUAAUAUUUAAGGAAUCUCUUGACAUGACAUUGGUAUAACAGUUUAAUCCAUUAAGUAAAGCCUUUAGCUUUUAACAGUCAUUUCAGACACACGGCUUUAUAAACCUGCUUUUAUUGGCCCUAUGUUGGUUUUCUCUUGUAGUGGUGAAGAGCUGUGUGUGGAUUAUGUCUCUCUUUUAGGGGGCACAUUGUCUGCUGUUGUUGUUUUUCGAGUGUUUAGAUUUGUUUUUCUCUGAUGAUUUAUUGUAAAAAAAAAGGACAUUUAAUUGAUCGGAAAACCAGGAUCUUUGUUGUAUAUCUUACAAAAAGCCAAAAAUCUGUGAACACAGAACGUGAGCUCAUCUGUUGUGGUGCUAAUUUUAGUGACAGGAAACCAUGUGUCUGAAUCGUAAAGUGCAAGCUGCUUUGAAAUUGUGGGUCUAUAAGGUGUUUUUCAACUUCAUUCCUGCAGCACCACAUAACUGGAGCAUAUUUGUGUAAUAACCAUAAAUAAAUUCAGCUCUAAAGCAUUAACUGACCGAUGAUACAGCGCUGUAACAUGUGCCAUUAAACUGUACAGGCUGACGAGCAUGUCGUAAUGUUUGUGUCGGUCUGAAAUACGCUCUGCUGCCUCUGUCAACAAUGACCUCAAAGUGCUGUAAAUCAGCUGCUCAUUUGAAGCCCAAGAAACAAACGUAUGCAUGCAGGAGAGAGGGGAAAGGAGGCAGGAGGAAAAAGAUGAAGAGGGGGAGGUUAUAGAUAAAAGCGCUGAGAGAUGAGCGGGAUGAUUUGUCGGAGGAACCUCUGCCAAGUCAGGUGUAACUACCUUGCGUCGUAUCUCUGCACCUCAGACACCUUAUCUACCUGACCCUGAUUGCCUCCCUCGAUCUGUUACACUGUCUCCCCCCGCUGGCAUCCAUCUCCCCAUGCCAAUCUGCUGGAAGUUCAUGGUAUCACUGUUAUUGUGUGAAAAGUCAGAACUCCUCUUUUUUCAUGUGGAUUUCAGGCAGGGUGUCACAUUCUAUGUCAUGGGCUGAUGAAAAUCCAGAGAUCUCUCUCCCUCCUCCAAAAUAAGACUUUCUUAAAAACAAGAAGCAUCCCUCUUGGUUCUUCAAACGUUCUGUCUUCUCCAUGUCUUUCAUCCCUGCAGUAAUCCCAUCCCUACAUUUCAUUACAUCUUACAAAUGUGUCACCAAUCCGAUGACUUGACAUCACACAUAUCAGGUUCCUGACAGCCCUUUACUACCUUCUCACCAGCUCCUCUUGUUCUUGAGUUUCCACCCAUCCCAAAUCGUUGGCCCUCUCUUGAACUUCAUCACACUUUGGUAGCUCUAAGGCUCUAUGCCCCUGCCUAUCAGCUGUUAAAAAAAAAACUCAUAUAACACCCCCCCUUCCCUGGGUGUGUUGUCAUUUUCUGCCUAAGGACACAAGAAGCCGUGGGUAUCUGGAAGAAGCACGCAUCCCAAUAAACAGCCACAAGAAUAGUUGUGGAAGAGUGGCUGUGGCCUUGUGGAUCCAGGAAGGGAGAGACGUCUCUCGGAAAGAAAGAGCAUGUCUGCCUUUGGUAACCUCUGCUUGACCCCUCUAAAAAGGAGAAAAGGGGACAUCCACACUCAGUAUUCAUGGAUUAUUUUGUCAGCUGAACCAGGUGAACUCAGGAUCAUCUCACCUUCUCAACCAUUUCACUGAGAAAAAAUUCUAGAAAUUGCAGAAAACCAAAACUUCUAGUCUCUGAUCAUGGCAGACUUUUCAUUUUAACACAAGAUAAUGGAGAGUCUAAAAUGCAGCUAAAAAUUUACCCAGUUUCAUAUAGGAACUCUUGUAGUGUGCACUUCUGACGCUCAGUAGUUUUAGCUUGUAACCAAUGCGUAUGUUGGAACAGCCUAAGCCUGAUUUAUGCCUCUGUGUCAGACCUGUGCUGUAGCCUAUUCUGUGGUUUAUACCAUUGGCGCACAAAGCCAAUAAACCCAUAGACUGUAUAUAGAACGGACGCGGUCUGCCUCCUCGAUGAGUGCAGCCACUGGGAGAACAGCACCCUCUUGUGACGGGCUGCAGUAUAGGUCAUAAAUCCCGCCUCCUCUGGCAAUCCCUAUGGCGCUGUGGACAAACUUAAAAAAUGUAUUACACAGAAUAUCAAUUUUUCUCCCCCCGGUUGCGAUGUCGACAUGUAGUUACUGUAAGACUGGUUUGUGCUCAAGUCCUCUUUUAUCUGUGCAGCUCUGUUUUUAAGUUAUUAGGGGGUUCAUGUUUUCUAUGAUUGACACCUGAUACAGCCUAUGGGGGUAUGAAGAUUGUGUAGCUCACCCGGGGGAUACGCUGUUUGAGCCAAGUGUCAUCACAGCGACUCUCCUACUGAAUGCGUACAACGCUACUGUGCAAGUGGUGGUUCCAGGAAGUGGAGAGAGUAAUUUGGCUUCAAAUUCAUAUAAUGAUGGAAGACGGAACCAAGUUGUCCACAGUAUAUACAGUCUAUGCUUGUACCCUAGACAGAAGUCAACGUGCACCCUCUCAGAUAUAAAACUACACAUCAAAACAGUACACACCGCAAGCCCUGUGAUUGGUCUACUUGGCAGCACACAUUUUUGCUAUCACGAUUGUUGCCCUUCCUCUUUUGAAUGUGGCUGAGGAAGAAUGUGGCUGAAUUCUUCCCUCUUUUCUUCUAUUCAAUAAUCAAAGCAUAUCAAUCAACUUCACCGCAAAUGUAUUACGCUUCAGGCACAAACAAGGCGACAAAACAAUGGAACUGUUGGGUAUUGCAGAUGCUCCAAAAGCAUGUAGUUCAAUUGUGUUUUUUGUAAGCUAGCCCCAAGGAUAAGCAAUAAAAAUACACAGUUUUGGAUAUCAGCUGGACAGAUAUUCAGCUGGAUUACAAUGAAUAUCUGGAGUUUGUGGUUCAAAUCCAUCUGUUUGGGAAAUUGACCCUUGAAAAUGAGUCUACCUCCUUGUUUUCAUGGGGCAGCAGUUGUUAACCCGAAGGUUAAACCCACUGCAACCUUGUCAGCCGAAGGCUAGAAAGAGGCUGACAUCCUGAAACUCCCCCCAACUUGGCCAACCCCUCAACCCCUGAAACAGCACAUCUCACAACUGGUCCCGUGUAGCAUUACCUCAUACCAAGGCCAUCAUCAAGUUCCCACAGGUAUGCACUCUCUGCUUGAUGGAUUACAAACAGAUGCAAAGUCCACGACAGCACCAAGGCGUCCGACAAAGAGAGUGUGAAAGUGAGCUGAUCCGUGAUGUAUCAUUAACAAAGACUCUGAAUGCAGACCAAACAUUGCACCCACAAUCCAUCCCAUAAUGCUCACAGCUUCCUCUGUGAUAUGAGAAAAGCCUUGGCCUAUUUGGAGCAGCAGACAAAAGGAAAUGAAUGGAAAGCUAAGUUUGACAACAGCUUAAUACGGUAUUUAAAGCCGCCUUUGUUUACCGACACCAUAGAUUCCUCAUCCCUAAAUUAGAGCUGCAUUAAGCAAUUGUUCCCUCACAUUGAGGCUGCUUUACUCACAUAAUAACUGCUCAUUCGAAUCAUUAGAAAAGUUUACAGCUCUGCCAUAAAAUCUAAUCUUCAGAUUCACACCCCUUUAUUCCCUCCUCUAGCCUUAUUACCAAAUCCUUUCCUUUCUGCUCCCUCGUUCUUCCAUAAAUCUUCUCCCUCAUGUGCGGCAGAGAGGAAAGGAGAGGAGAGGGAGGAGGGGGAGGGAAACAUCACUGCUGGAAUCCAAACAAGCCAUAAUUCUUAUCAUCAUCUCUAUAACCUGGUGUUAUAUACAGUACAGUGGUUCCAUCCCUCACACGGGCUUGCGUGUCUGUUCCUUCAGUUGUCUGUCACAACACACUUAAUGCAUGACUGUAACAGCGUGCAUACAGGCUGGAUAACACAGGAAUGUCAGCACCUUUAAAGCUUUAUCAACUCGUCCCAGUGGGGGAGAAACAUUAUUAGUGACCUUUUUCUUUGUAGAGAGGUCUCAGCAGAGCUUGGCACGUGCUCAGGGGUCCAGAUCAAACAGAAAGAGAAUGCAGAUCAGGAUUGUGUCAAAAGAAUUUUGGGUUGGAUCCAAAUAUGCUAAACAUAUCAAGGACUGUUUCCAGAAACUUCCUGUCUUGGGUCUUGGGUUAGAUAAGGAAAUGUGGGACCAGAUUUUAUUCUGUCUCAUAUUAGUGAAGCAAAUACUUACUUAUCUAAACUGAUAAAUCCCAGAUUACACAGAUUAACCAACACUGGUUUUAUAUUCUAGAUAGAUGUCUUCAAAACAGUCAUGUCUUCUCAUUAAUACAUUAAAAUACAGUGCAAUAUAAGAACUCUACUGAUCCUCAAAGGGAAAUUUGUUUGUCUGGAAUCUCAUCAGAUCUACCAUUUAUUGAAUAAUUAAAAAGUCUGCUGGAUUAUGGCAGAAGAUCUUCGGAAUCUCUUCGUUUUGCAGCAAAGUGUGAGGAGCCGUCCACCACCGUUGUUUUUUGCCAAUACAAUGCCAAUACACAAACAAAGUGAAAAGAAAAAUAUCCAGACACAAAAUAUCCAGUGUCCAAGUGUCCUGAUAUUAUUACAAGAGUCUCAGGAAGUUGAAUCCCUACCCUUGCAAUUGUUUCACGGAGAACAUUACAUGGAACUUCAGCUGUUGCCUUUGGUGGGAUGAAUACAAGUAUUGUUAUAUGCUUGUAAUAUUUAUAAAAGGGUGCUAAAAGACAGAUGAAUUUAGCAGCUAUAGAAAAGUCCAAAGAUGAUUCCAAUUGAGCAGCAUUCAUAAUGCACUUCUGCAGAAUUAAAAUAUUCUAACUAGCUGUUUCAGUAAAAUUUGAGUGUUCUUGACGGUGUUCUGUUUCACCAAACUGGUGCACUAGCUGAGCCAUGUUGCUUAGAAACAUAUUGCUGGUAUGGUCAUGUAAUGUGAAGAGGAUCUGCUUUAGUAUGUUGUUGACAUCACCAACCAUAAAGUUAAUAGACAGUGUGUAGUGGCCUAAAUACAGUUUGAGUGGCUCAUGUAGCUAAUGCUAGUCAGGGAUCAAGCAGAAGGAAAGUAAGCAAAGACAGCAGCAGUCAAAAAUCCAAUGGUUGUGUAAAAGCAGUGAAAUAGAUACUGUAUGAAUUGUUGGUAACUCAUAUCAGGCAAAGUGACACUUUGGGCAGCUUGUUAAAGACCCACUCUGAUGAAAAUCCUGUUUUUCUUGUUGUCUACACGUAUAUAUGACAUUUUUCUGAUGUAGGGAUGGGCACGCCAGUUCUUUUAGAUGUACUGAAACACUAGAAUCAGUUCACUAAAAAGAUUUGUUCAAAAGAUUAAUUCACCAAAUCGCUGAAUCAUUUAGCGCUUGGAGGGAGAAGCCUGCAACUGCGACCUCCUGAACUGAUACACAGCAGAACAUUUCAGGAUUCACUUCAAUUCAUAGCUUCUGGGACUGGGAGACGAGAGUGUUUGGCUGUGUUGCUUUGGCAAACAGGUUUGUAAAAAUGAACUUGUUUAUAAGUCAUGAUGUUUCAAGUUUACUGUCCAUUUACUAGGUCUGCUCAGUAAAUUGGGAUCAGUGAGUAAUUCGUUCACUAGACGUUUUGAAGAAUUCACACUGAACAUGCACUGUUCCCUCGCAAACUGCUGCAAUGAUAGGAUGCUGCAGGUUUAAUGCACUACUUGUUACACGCUGUGUCCUACUGUAUGCAAGUUGUUGUGGUGGCAAUUUAGCAGUGAAAGGUAGUUUUGUCUGACAAAAAUGAUUCCAGAGAGUGUAGUUCAAUGCAUGAUUCGUCCACCAAGUGAUUUAGGUGUCAGUGCAUUCGGUCCCUCAUUCGCCAGCUGCUGGCCUGGCAAUGCUGUUUCUCACUUCAGCUCAACUGACGUGAAAAACGAACGAAUCACUGGAGGAAGUGAUUCGGUUCAGUACGUUCACUUAAAAGAUUCGGUUCUUUUGAACAAAUCGUUUGCAAACGGUGCUACACUAUUCUGAUGCAACAGGACAUAUCAUGAGACAAAUAAGUGCGAACUUUCUGAGUAUCUCUGCAUUCAAAUCACUGUGAAACUCUUGCAGGCUCAGACACAGUGAGAUUUCAUACGUCACAAAUCCAAGUUUCGCCCCUGCAGGCCAGACUCAGAGAAAUAGAGAGGACAAUUGCGGAACAAGUGUGUGCGUUAGCAGAUUACAAUGCUCAUAAGAAAGCUAAUUAUUAUAUUAACUUUCAUCAUGACCCCAAAGACAUUAGUGUCUGAGAGCUAAAUAUGUUCCUAUGUUACUUGCCAUUUCUACUACACUGGCAAUGUUAGGCUGCAAGCUAGUGUGAAGAGAAGUGUGAAGAGAAGUGUGAAGAGAAGUGUGCAGAGCAGCGUUGUCUCCGCCCACGACUACUGGAGCUCUGCUGGAGUAAAGCCCUUGAAAAUGACACAGGUAACAUGAUUUUGACUAAAAACAUCAUUAUCACAAUUUAAAGACCACUGAUAACACUUUAAGUAGUAAAAAAGACAUCAGAGUGGGACUUUAAAGCUAGAAGAGUUCACCAUUUUAAAAUCUAUAGAAUAGGGUUCAUCGCAAAAAAGGUCAUCCAGUAACAGGCUUGUCAGUUUUCUGGCUUAAUGAAUGCACUGAACUUGGUUUGUAGUUGGAUCCAAAAAACAAUGUGUGUGUUUAGACCCGCCCUUUUAAUUGCUACUGUGACAGCAGCACAGAUAGUUGGGUUUAAGACAUCAAAUAACUAUGUGCAGUCACUGAUGAUGGAAGGUCAUUCAGAACUUACUGUACAUGACUAUAGUUACAACAGGGGCCUGUUUACAGUUUGGAGAAAUAGAUUAAAAAAUAAAAAUAAAAAAAAUUGCUACAUAUUUGUGAUAAGGUACUGAUGUGAUAUUACUCUGCAAUGCUGGUUGCUAACAACUGUUGUUUUUAUUUUCACAGACCAGUUGAAGUGGCAAAUAUAUAUUUUUAUUCUGGCUUUUCUUAAUUUUGACCAAAACAACUGAACUUCAAUGAUGACGUGCAACUCUGGCCAUAUUACGCCAGCUGGAAUGUUCAUAUAGGAUCAGUUUAUCCUUUGGCGAUAAACAAGAUAUCAUAGACAGACCAUUUACAGAAAUGACUGACGGAUAAAUCUUUUUUUUUUUUAUGUUGAUCUGUAUAAAGUGUCGUUGUUGUCAAAAGUCUAGUUAUGUAGAAAGUUAAGGUAAAGGUAGAAAACUCCCCUCUAGCUUCCUUUUCAAACAGAUGUUGUGGGGAGUUUCUGCCCCAUUAACCAGCACUAAAUCAACUUCUAUUGAUAUUGAUAUCUAAAGACAAACAACAAAAAUUCAGCAAAAACUUUCCCAAAGUCAAUGCAAAGGUCUACAAAAGACUUGUUUUGACAAAAAGCCGAUAUUAAAAGGGUUGAAGACGUCCUCACUGCUGUGGGUGAUUAUCUGUACUCCAUGUUUUUCUUGAAACAUGGUUUAAAUAAUUAACCUGAUCUCUAAAUUGUUUUGGAUAAAUUUUUUGUGCAGCAAUUUACUGUCAAAACUCUGUUUUCAUGUUGAGACUGGAGAGAUGCAGUUUCCUCAAUCCAGAUAUAAUGAGCUUGUUUUUUCUGACAAACCUGCAAGAUGUUUUCUUCAACCCAGUAAAUUCUUGAAAAACAUGAUCCAGGACGACAUAUUUUGACAGAGUUUUCAGUUGUUUUCUGUAAUGCUGAAAUAAUUAUAGACUGAGAAUAUUUCUGUCAGGAUCUAUUCCCUGCUAAAACACAAUGGAGAAAAAAAGAAUAGAAAGUUGCUGGAAAUGUUUAACCAUUCUUUUUUUGAAGGUUCACAAAAAAAGAAAUCCUUUGAAAUAUUUAACAUAUUGAAUAUACCCCCCCCCCCCCCCCCCCAAGUAGCUUUAGCUCAGCAGCCAAAAACAAAAAGUAGGUCAUGCAAAUAUGCAAACAUCUCUCCUGCUCCAUUCCUGGUCAGUAUAUUAAGAACAUAGAGCUCUCAACUCUACAUUAGGGGAAUGAGGAGCUCUAUAUCAUGAGAGGCCACAGUCAAAGGGGUAAGACUGAAAUACUGUAAAUUUAAUGUACCAUAGGUGAUUGCAAUUUGUGUUCCCUUACAUGUAAUCUUACAUGUGCUCAUCUUUUAUUUUCACAGUAAACUAAACAAUAAACAAUAUCAUCUCACAUCGUAAUUGUCUGGUAUUUGACCCAUCUGCCAUUCUUAAAGGUCCCGUAUUAUGCAAAAUUCGCUUUAGAACGGUUUUGUAACAAUGAUAUGCUUCUUCAGCCUGUCUACAAACCCCCCCAAAAUGAGAGAAUGCUAUCCUCUCCUUCUCUUGCUUGUUCUACCUUUCAGAAAAUGUCUGCUCAAACAAGCAGAUUGAAACUAUCGCCUUCCAUGACGUCAUGGACGGCAAUAACUCCUCCCCUCCAGGUUGGUGACCCUGCCCAAGAUGUUUGUCCUGCCCCCAAAAAAAUUUCCAUUCAGACCCCAUUUUCCUCCUUUGCAAACGCUGGUUUGAAAUGGUGACGGUAGGAGCAAGUCAUGGCAGUUGCUUUGUUGUUGACUGCAUGAAGCAGCACAGAAGUCUGUUUCCACAGACUAGGAGCUAGUGUUACCUAGCUUCAUGUAAGUCACUGUGUACCAAUACACAAACAAAGUGAAAAGAAAAAUAUCCAGACACAAAAUAUCCAGACUCUGGAUCAAACUGGUACAGCUGGACCACAGUGCUUCUACGAGCCCUACAAUGGCGGACUUAGGGGGUGUCAACUUGGGCUCAAGCCCUGGAUGUGUUCUCAAGAGCCCUGGAUCUCAGAUCUAAGCUGGUCUGAGUUUAAUGUGCAGUACUUGAAUACACCAGAGAGUGGCAGCAUGCGCAGUAAAGCAGCCUGUAGCCUUCUCUGUUCAGAUAAAGUGUUUCCCUCUAGUGGCUGUAACUACUCCUCUGCUCUACUACCAGCAUCUAGUCAAGCACCUCCACAGCAAAUUUUAAAUGAAAAAAAAAAAAAAAAGGAUAUCCGAAGCGUUUUCAAAAAGUGGACGGUGCGGACCACUACACCACCACCAGCAGAACAUCAGAACAGACUGAUGUUCCAGAUUUGUGAAGCUUUGACUGAUUUUGCUAGCUGGCUAUCAGUAAUGUAAGUAAUUGCUGUGUGCCUGCGUGUGUCUAGUCUAAUUUUAUUUUAUUUUAUUAACUCUCUGGAGUCGAUUGAUGCUCCUGAGCAUCAAAAUCACAUGACCUAUGUAAGCGGAUGUAGCUGCAAGACGGAGCCUCGCUGAGUCUCCAUUUCAACUUGUCUUAAAAGUGAAGACCUUAAACUAUACACCAGUGUGUUAAUAGACCAAACAAAACCAGAGUUAUGGUAGAUUACCAUAAACCUAUAAAUCAUUCUGUUUUGGUUUAUUUAGAGUCAAGUUACAGCAAAAGUUGUGUCAUGGAACUUAAAAAAAACAAAACAAAACAAACAAAAAAACAAAAAAACAAAACAGCAUGCUUAGACUUUUUUUAUUCACAAAGACCUGAUAGUGUUAAUCAGCCAUGAGAAAGUACCAGACUAUAGUGGCAGGAAAAAUAAUUCAACUGCUGUCUACACUGUACAGAAACACAGGUGUAGGGAAAACAUGGCCUAUUUUACUUGUUGACAGUAUUAUGAGCUAAUGUGUAAUCUUAGUGUCGAGCUAAGAUUAAAUAGUUUCCCUGUAUUCAUCCCCCUACCUCGUCCUAUUACAAGUGAUGAUAUACUAUGUAGCACAUGCUGCAGUCCACUGUCACAUCAUCUAGACAAAUUUACUUGGCAAAAGACGGAGUCAAAGUGAGGGCAGAGGCUUAAGUGUACUCUGAUUCCGCCGACAGCGCCGCUCUUCAUCCUCAUCGUAAAAAUGGUGAAACUCCAUCAGUCACGCUCUGCCCACAGCAUGGAUGCCAUCCAAGCGCCAAUAAUAGCACUGAUACUAAUCCACAUAUUCAGAGCUAUAAAUAGAUAGUUUUAAUUUUAAUCUUUUCUAUAUACUCUAUUGGUGAAAUUCCCUCAUUUAGAGCAUAUUUGAGAAUUAUGUAAAUAAAGAAACAUACCUCGGUCACACUAUCUUGCAGUUUUAAGUAGCAGCAGCAGCAGCAGCAGCUUUAUCACGUGUGGUACCUGGCCCUCAUAAUGGAAUGAGUGGCUUUUAAAGGAGGAUUAUGGUGCUUUUCAAACAUUUAGAGACUCUCCGUUGAAAAAAUGCUUAAAAAUAUGCAUAUAAAUGGGAGUGGAUUGGAAUUUUAGUCGCAGGAAACUUCACUCAGAAGCAGAGCCAAUCUUUAAACCUGAGGAAAGCGACUGGCUGAGGUAAAUUUGAACAGACAAAGGAGCAGCUUUGCAGUUUAUUAAAAUGUAAAAUUUAACUACUGUAUCAAAAAAUACAACCAGUUUAUGGCUUCCUAUAACACCUUGGCUCAGGGGUGGAAUUCACCUCUUCCAUAAGGUUUAAAAAUAAAACUACAUAUUUCAAGUGAUGCUACUCUGUGACCUUCCUCAGUGUACAUCUCUCCACCACAUCUUCCAGUGAGUUCAACUAAAUUCCAACCACAGUGCCAGCUUUUUUACCAGUUUGUCACCAUGUUGAGCCUGUAUUCUAGCAACAGGAAUAUUAAGGCAUGUAAUAUUUUAUUCAUUUAAAUUACUUGGAUUUAAUGUAUACAGGCCAAUAAACUUUAUGUGCUGCAUAAUUCAGUCGAAUUUAAAUGAAAAAUAUAAGAAUUAAAUUUAUGUAGUAAUACCAGUAAACCCAAAGUGGUUUUAAGAAAUAAUCACAGACUUAUGUAGUCAUGAUUGAUAAAUCCAAUUUGUUUUUAUCUCAUAAAUUUUAAUUAAAUGAUCUUGGUUGAUCUACAGCUCGUGAUAUUGAAACUAUAAUUGAUUAAAUUGAAUAGUUAUCACAAUUAACAAAUAUAUGCAGAUUUUCUGAAAUUUGAAUAAAUAAAUAAAAAAAUGAAAUAAUUUAAAUGAAAUCAAAUAGAUGUAAAUACUAAAAAAAUAAACCAUGCCAUAAUUUAUUUUUUUGAGUGUAUGACUGAACUUCCAACUUCCAACAGUUCAGUGUCUUGGCAAUACAUCCUCUCCUUGACAGUUAAGCUGUGCGUGGUAGGGUAGGGUCUCUCUCUGAAAAACAUAUGUCCUGAGCUUAAACAGCCAUAAAUAACACUUUACAUUAUCAGACCUCAUAACCUCUUUCUGAUCUUCCCUGAUGCCUGAAAUACUAUGUCUAACUCAAAUCCCUUGGUGGUAUUGCAGACUUCCUGUUAAAUACUUUAUCUCUAAGACAAGGUCAGAAUCACCUCUCGAUUCAGUGGUGUGGAAGCUUGCUUCAGAGAAAUCAGAUAUUGGACCACAUCUUGCUGGGUUAAUUUGCAGCCCCUCAUCUAAUCUUUGUUUGUAUAAUCGUUGCCCCUUUAAAGGACCCCUUCAAAAAUAAUCGUUAUGAAAAUCAAAGGGAGAAACUUUAUAUAUCCCUUCCAAGAUCCCCAAGCUGAUCCUGGGUGUUGGAGGAAUACAGAAUACCUUGUUCGAAACAAGAUCUUGAAGACAUAAGCAAAGACCAUCAUGAACAAAGUUUGAUGUUGUUCCAUCACUUAAGAAGCACAGAUGUUACUUAAAGUUUGGUUUAAAUAGAGCCACACUUUUACAGAAUAUACCUCUGGGCUUCUCUUUGUUUUAUUUUCUGUGUUACCAUCUGCUGACAAACAAACUUUACAUCUAAAGUUAGAACUGGGUCCCAUGGGUGAUACGAGUAAAACACAGAGGUAUUAUGGGAAUAUAGUCUGUGAGUUUUUCACUCUGGACUUUGAGGCUUACCUCAAAUGGUUUGCUCCUGGAUAGAGAUUGUACCUGCUACUUUUCCAGUCUGUGUGUCUUCAGCGACACUCUUACACUCAGUAACAUGAGCUCAAAUAGUGUCACCUGCGACUGACACACUUGUCCAGUGUAGAGGGGUGAAGGGCUGCAGUUACUAAGUCUGUGCAGGGGUGAAUAUGUUACCACUGAUAGGUGUUGUGCUCAGCCUCAGAGGAGACUGUGUGGGCCCCAGUCUCUAGUUAACAAGUCUGCUGUUACAGUUGUAGACAUGCUUAAGUGUCUUUAUGUAUUCAGCAGUCCUUUACCAUUAAGAUUGAACAGAAACAAAACCACUUAAGUGGUGCAUUGCUCUGCAGCAGCUGUAGACAUCUCGCAAAGAGACGACUGCUCAGUGUCUGACAUCAAAACACUCUGAGAAAUGCAUAUGAGGAGGAACUUUCCCCUCUUUGACUUGGUUUAGCAAUGAGAGAGAGAAAUUUUGAGAUUCAAAUGUUUGGCUUGGCCGGACUCCUCUGGCUUAACUGACUGAACAAGCAGGAGAUGAAUGCAGCAAAGGAAGACAGGGAAAUGUCAGGAGAGAUUAACGAAGCACAUUCCACAGAGGUUACCCUUCAAAGCAACGAAGGAAGAGAGAGAGCAGCAAGGAAAGGGGGGUGGAGAAAGAAACAGUGCUGAAGAUGUUCACAGAAAUGUAUAUUUGAUUUUUUUUAGAAAGAGGGUUUGUUUUCUGGUGUUUGGUAAAAUAACCUUUACAGGACAUGAUUUGGGCUGUAGGUUUAAAUUGAUAAGACCUGGUAUGACAGUUUAAGAUUACAGAUGUUAUAGAGAAUGAUAAUAGAAGAAGCAGCUACUGUAUAACAGUGAUCACAAAAGAGGUUAACAAAAGUCAUGAUGGCAGAAUGGAAAAGGGUGCACACACAAAUUUGUUGCAAGUGACACUCCAUGGGAAAAUGUUUUUUAUUUUUAUUUUUUUCUCUCGAUAAAGUGGGUUUCUUUAACAGGCUGCGGGUAGAAUCAGAUGGAAUCAACUGUAACAACCAGGUUAUCUGUAAUAAAAGUCAUCCUGGACUAUAGUGCUCUGUCUUUUUUUUGGAAAAGUCCCAGAGGUUUUCACCAGUUUGACCACUUGAUGAUUUCAAUGGCAUUCAGUCAAGUCCACAAUGUGCAGUUUUUGUGCAGCUGCACAGCUCUUCCAAGUUUCACUUGUUUUGGCCAUGUGAUGUGGAACCCCACAAAAGUACAAGAACUGAGCUUCCACUGAUUUUUGUGAGGCUCUGUCUGCAACCAGUUCACAUGGAGUUGCGCCGCCACCUCUGCUGUGGUCAUUCGUCUUGAAGUGUGGGAACCUUUGAUUCAAACCAACAUACCACAAAGUUAUUUAUCUUAAAGACACACCACUGUUGUCUUAAAAUGUUCACUGUAACCUAAUGAGGAAGCUGGACUUUAGGGUAAAAUACCUUGCUUUGCAUUUAAAUAUUACCAUGUACAUAUAUGGCACAUUAAUCACUCCGGUGUAUAUCAUGCAAAAACUGUUGUUAUUUUUUACGACUAAAAUAAUAACCAGAAAUCCAGAUUUAUGAGUUGCACCAGUAUAUGAGACACAGUUAUUUUUGGGAGAUAAAGUUGUAAACUGAAUCCCUGCUUGAGAACUUCCAUUGCAUUCAGCAACAUGCAGUUUCCAUGCAAAUUUGUAGGUCUUCAUAGUAUCAUCUGUUGUCACCAUCUUGCUAGCUCCCACACAGUACUGAGGCGUAGUCUAAAGUACUGCUGAUGGUUGUGAGCUAUGGGUGGACCCACUGCCAUGACCAAUCUGCUGAGACUUACACCAACACCCUUCAAUGAUCACUUUUCAAUCAAACAGCCUACGACAAGGUUUCUGUGCUCAAUAUUUUCCCACCAUUUUCCCUUAAAUGCAUGACUAAAACCUAAUGGGGGAGUAAAAUGCAUUAAAGGGGUCUCCUUCUGGAGCCAGCCUGUAGUUAAUGCUUAACAAACAGCAGUUUUUAGCACUAAUGUGUCAGCUCCAUCAUGUAACACUGACAGUUGUUGCCUGGUAAAGAACAGCAAAGAUCAGGCAUCUAAGUCAAAAAGUAGUGUUGUCCCUCUUAUGGGAGAUCAAACCCAUUUCAAAUAUUUUAUAUGUUCUACAGGCAUGUGGAGCUUAUAGAAGGAAAGAGAAGUGCAAGUCAGUGUACCAUCAAAGUGCAUUUGAAGCUGUUAUUUAGUGGUAAAAAGUUCUGAAUCAAUCAAACUGGAUCACACUCCUUUAAAGCAGAGAAAUAUUGCAUAAAAUAUGUAUAACACUCUAAUCCUGUACAGUAUAAAUAGAGCUGUCUAUGCCAUUUUAGUGGGUGCUUAUAUCCUAAGCACACUGAAGAUUGAAGAAUGUACACAUCUUUUAGUAUCCAUGGUUAGAAACAAAUCCCCAACCCAGACAGUGUUCAUGCUCUGCUCUACAAACUGAGCUUUAAAAACCAACAAGUACUUAUUUCACGCACAAAAGCCUUCCACAUGGCUCAGCUUUGGCAUUAUUACUUAACCUUAAUCAGUUUAUAGCCACAGUCAUAUUGUACAGGCACGGAAGCUCUCAAGUUUGAAAUGAUAUCAGUGAUAAGCUUUUGGACAUAAAAAUGAUCUAUAAUUAUGAUGUCAAGAGCAUCAAGUAAUGUGUGUAUUUUAAGGCAGUACUGACAGUGACAGGGUAAGCGAAAACUGAGUAAAUAAAAUCUUCUCUCAGCAAGCAUCUCCAAUGAUAUAUGUUAAAUAUAAACAGUGUAUAUCUUAUCUCCCCCUCUGAAGAACCCAAUCCUCAGGCUCUUAAAAAGAGGCUUCACGCCAUCCUUGACCCCCAGUGGCCUGGAUCAUUCUUCUCCUCUCUCCUGCUUUUAGUUUCCACCUCAUGGCUCUUCAUCUUGCAUAACUUUUUUUCCCUUCAGAAGAAAGUAGAAUUAGAUUAAAGUAGGACGAAGAAACGGUGGGACAAAAAAGUGCUGAGAGAAGGGAUUUGCAUUAAGUGAAAAGGAAGAAGGAAUGGAGACCGCCAGAGACAUUAUCCAUUUAAGCGAUACCUGGAAGACAGAGAGGCAGACAGCUUUAGAGUGAAAUUAUCUAGGACAGAGAGGAGCGUCGAUGAAGCGUGGACGGUAAUGAGAGCGGAGAUGGAUCCACACGGACAGUGUUCAUCAGCCGUGUAUUUCCUUCAGCAUUAGAGCUGAAGGUUCAACAGUCACAGAUCUCACUCAGCUUUUCCAAUACAUCCAAAAAUACAAGUAUGUUGGAGAGGAGGAGCGGUGAAAUGGACCUCACAAGGUGUUUUGAAGGAGAAACGGGUCAUUAGAGUCAUUUUCUCACCCAUCUCAUCAAUCUGGAUCACAAAAUGCAGCUACAGUGGAGGCAAUGUUACAAACGACUCAAAUGGAUUUUUAUUUUUUGCAGGUAGAUAUAAUUACCAAGUGAGGGGCCUUAAACUAAAUGUUUAACUUCAUGUCACUAUCCAUUAAGCAGACAUUUCUCUCUCAAGUUACACGAUUAACUGUGCUUUUAUAUUGUUUGGAAUAAAAACCCAUCAGUUACAGCUACACAACAGCUAAUAUUGGCAUUUAUCCCUUUCCAUCUUAUAUUUUAUUGUAUUUCAUUCAUCUUGAACAAAAUCUUGAAGACUUUGACAUACUCUGUUUGGAAAGAAUGAAGUAAAGAACUGAUUUAUCCUCAUCUUUUUUCCAGUUUCCUAACAACAAAACAAAAUGAGCAACACAACUCGCUCAGUACAUGUUGCAUUUAAUGUUGAAGUAGGGCUGCAUGAUUUUGGCCAAAAAUAAAAUCCCUUUUUUUUCUUUCUCUGAAAACUCGAUUUUUUGAUUUAGAUUUUUUAUUCAGUGAUAACCUAACCAAACUUCACUUUAGAAAUAUAUAUUUUUUCCAUCAUCUUAAAACGAAACCACCGAAAACAAUGUAGUGCAUAUGUCAAGCUAGUAAGUGGCAUCCACACAGAGAUGAAAUGGUAGUCGUUUACAGAUUAAUGCGCUCUCUGACCCAUUUUCAAAAAGUACCAUUUACAGUCACAGAAACACCGUUUCCAUGUGGAUGAAAUGCCAGCACAACAAAAAACGUGUGCAUUUGCUCUUGAAUUUGUUUCCGUGAGGGCGGGUUGAUACCGCCUUCAAACAGUAGAGGGGAGUAGUUUGCGCUUCAUCUGACACUGUGAAGCUGUACCAAUUCCAAACAACUGACUUGCUUUUGCCCUAUUUAGCCACGAAAUUGUCACCUUCAUUUGCAAAUGCCAUGUUUCUUUACACUGGUGUGUGUGGGAACUGGGGAGCGCUUCCCCGGGAAGGGGGAGCCUACGGUGGCCUGGAGAUGCGAGACAUGAUAGAGAGGAAAAUCCAUUCAAUGAUUUUAAUUUUUUAACAUCGUCAUACUCAAAUAAUCUGAUUACAAUUUAAAAUCGAUUAAUCGUGCAGCCCUAUGUUGAAGAAAUUAUUUAGGCUUGCAGGAGGUUGGAAACCAAUAUUGAAGAUUCAUGAUAUUACUUGAUACAAAAGCUAGCUAGCUAGAGUAACAUUUCCAUUAUAUUUUCUAGUGUUGAUCACAAUAACAGCUGUAUAAUACUAGCAGUUUGAGUGACACUGUACAACCUUACAACCUGAAACAAAGCAGAGUAAAUGAUAGCAGAGCCUUUAUCAUUUGAGAGAUAACUGUGGUUUCAUAUGUUUGCCUUUCGGGGUGACGAUAAGUUUGUUGGUGUGUUAGUCCAUUACUCUGGUAUAGACUUUAAUGGAUUUUGAUACAAGUAAAUGUUAGUUUGUCUUAUGCAGUUAUGUUUAGCUGUAUCCAUCAAAAUGUGACAAAAUUUAUUGGCUGAGUCACGAUUUUGAUGUAGUACUGGACUUUCCCAAUGACACAGGGGUACAUGCCAUCAACAACCAAGCACAGUCGUGAAUCAAUAAGCCACAAAUAUUCAGUCCACUUUCUCUUAUCAUCAAAAGAUCAAUCUAAAAAUUAAGGCUAGGAAGGAGAGACUUACAGUUAUUUUCCAUUUUGCCUCAUUAAUUCAUCUUCAGCUGUCCUGAUCACAGGAGUUUGUGCAUUUUGCAGCACAUCCCUAUAUUGUUAUUUCUGGUAAUUUAACUGUAUGGCCAAUAUAGAUUUAUAUAUUUUGUUAGCUUCAAAUAGCCAACAAAAUAUUAGCCUAUAAUAGCCAUCAACCAUUUUCAUUAACAUGUCAAAUUCAUACCUUUUCUCUCAGAUCAUCUACAUACACUUUUUAAACCUGCCUUUUAUUACCCAACUUGACGGCAGGAACUCUUUACAUGUGAGAGGCUUAAAUGCUAAGCAGUGAACAACCAUUUUAAUAUCAAUGAAAGAUCCUUUCUUUUAUACUUUCCCAUAACAUGAGUAAAACCCCUUUGUAAUCAAAUCUAAAUUUCCUCCACACAGAAUAUUGCUGGAAGUAAAAGAGGAAAUUCCUCAGUGAUUGCUGAGGAUCUCACAUCUUUCCUCUUUGCUGCGAGACAGCGGCUCGCUGCAGGGUACAAACAUCUUACAGUACAUCUAAUGUUUGCUCGAGCUGGCCUGUGAUGUUUUGUCUUCAUAUUUUUAAAGUUAUGAUGUAAAGAAAAAGGUUGUCAGUCUGAAUUCAAAUCUGGCUAUUUUUAUCUGUCUCUCAGAAAUUAGCAAGUCUAAUCUCCUGCAGCUACUCUAGGUGCUCUUGCAGUUUGCACGACUGAAAUAUUUGUUUUAUUCAUGUAUUGUUUGGAAAAUCUUUGUCUGAUUUUUGCAGGAUUUUGCAUCAGCCACAAUAAAAACUUCAAAAGCACUGAAAUUCUCUUUAAAUGUUACACCAUUUUAAAGGUUGAAGUUUGUCCAGUAAGAGUUUCUCCACAGCCUUGACUUGGACAUGCUGAAUCAAAGCCAUCUUAUACUGAUGUGCAGCUGACAAUGAAUAAGGAUUUCACUGGAUAUUUAUAGAGUAAUAACUUUCACAUCUCAAUCAGAACAACAUAACCCGGUUUUGAUAUUAAUUUUAUGUCCCAACUGUGUCUACAGAACAAAAUCUUUUCUGAUACCAAACCCUGUGUCCAUAACCUUUGACUAAACUUACCAUGAAAAAUCAAGAGAACAUUCACAUAAUCUGAAAUCUAGGGAUGACUGCCCUCUGGUUUUCAUGUGAGGGGCAGUAAAGAUGCUUAAGCUGCAAUCUGAAGAAAGUUUUGAUCCCCUGCUACAUAACAGAUCCCCACAUGGACUGAAGUGCUGGGAGAAGCAUUAACAGAUUGCUGCCUGAAAAACAAACCAUAGCCAAAAUAGAAGUGUUGCCCCUCAGCACCACCCACCAGCCACCCACCAGUAUGCCAGACAUAGUGUGCCAGCCGUGAGUGCCAAGGCUGGGCCUGGAUAUCUUAGACCCACUGUUAAGUAGACUCAUGGGACACUGCUAUGCGUGCCAGUUGUGGCUUGUUGUUGGUGGUUUGAAAGAGACGAUCGCUGUAAAGAUGAUAUCCUUAUUCACAUCCCUUGCUGGGACCUUUAAUGUGCUUUGCUGCAUUGACAGAAACUCUAUUCAAAUAUUUAAACAGGAGGUCUAAUGAGGGCAUAGACCUGCAGAAUUAUUGAAUACAUGGUUUAAAAGUGAAUGCUGCCAGAGUUGAAUUAUUGCUGUGCAGCUGUGUGCUUUAGUUUGUCUGGCAGACACAGAAACUGGCGCCUAAUCUGCCAUCUCAUUAGACACCCUUGAGCUUCUGAAGUAACCUAGAUCUGGGACCAUGGAACUUUGAUGUACUUAUCCUAUCAAAAGCAUUUUUUGUCUCGAGGCUGCCCCUCUCAGAAUUUUUUAAGCCCAAUUAUUCUUCAUGAUCUCUAAAAAAAUGUACUUAUAUUUAUCUCAGCCACACUGUCUCUGUAAACUAUGCCUCAUUUGAAUCAUGCUCUAUUCCCUUGGUGAGUUCCACUAUUCUCUCUCUCUCUUGCCAGAGGCAAACCCUGCAGAAAUCACAAAAAGGUUCAUAGAGUGAGGUUGCCCACAUGUAGUUUCCCUUUGCAGGCGCUCCUGAAUGUGUGUUUGUGUUACUAAAAUGAAACUGUUUAUUUAAAAGUGUAUGUUUUGUGCAUUUUUUUAUAAAAGGUGUCUCUUCUCUGUUUGUCAAAUCUUUAUCUGUAAUAUCUAUCGGGUGCUUCCUCAUGUUAACUGUAAGCCUUUAUGCAGCCAAAUUCAUGUUGAUAUUAAAACACCUAUUUAUGUAAACACAGAGCACCGUGUCUCAGAUAAAACAAGCACCAAACAAGUAAGUGCCCCUGUGUUAUAAAGAAAUUAUGAUUAGUUCUGGUCUCCAGAGGAUUCAGAUCAAAAGAUGCAGCUCUUCAAACAGUUUACUGAGCCUCACCUCUGAAAGCCGUGACUAUCCAAACUGCUGCUUCUGCUUCUGCUGCUGGUGUAGUAGGCUAUAAUAUGAAGUAAUGAGGAAGUACAAAUUAAUUUACAUAAUUGUUGUUUAAUUGCAGCAGCCGAGGGCGAUGAGGCUGCAGCACCUCCUGCUGGUAAGUGCGGUUAUGACAUGGGUAACAUGGACUCCGCAUGUCCAACCUAGUUCUGAUACCCACAGUUGAUAAGAUUUUAAAAUCCAAAGCAAAACAGCUGAAAAAUGUUACAAAAAAGCUCAUGCAAAUGAUUCAAUUCAUUAAUGAUGUUUUUUUUUUUUUUGUCUUUUUCACAGACCAAAAGGGUAAGAAAAUGUACUGCAUCCAUUCAUCUGUGUUUGUCCUUCUUGUGUCUGUUGAUCAUCAUCCUAACCUUCAACAUUUUGUGUGUGUGUGUCAUUGUUUUCCCUCUCAUCUGUAAAAUAAUGUGUCUUUCACUCAUUCAGAGAUGGUAGAGGAGGAGGGUAAGACUUGAAAACCAAAUAAACACAGAAGCUGUAACUUCUGUGGUGGUGGGACUGAGUGUGUGGAUGCAUGAUACACACAGACACACUUAAGACACAUGUAUAAUAAACUUUUAUUAGCACUGAGGAAAGGUUAUAAGUUUAUUCUGAGCACCAAAGAUGCUAAUUAAAUUAGGUGUUGGGAAAAAAAUAGAAGGUGUUUAAUUUAUGGGUGAGCAUCACAUGGUAUGAGUGUGUAUUUGUGUGUGAGUGUGUGUGACUUUCCUAUUUUAGCUUGGGUUAACUUCAUUCUGCACAUGCACACACUACAUGCAAAUUAACUUUCACAUUUGUCCUUCAGCAAACACUGUUUAAGUGUCUCAGCAAGGUAAGCACACCUUGUUUAGACCUUAUGGGAGCUGACUACGGCUAACAGCCUUGGCUCAUGGGAUUUUCUGUUAAAGACUGAGUAAAAAAUAUAUUGUGACAGUGGAAAAAACAACAAUAUUACUUAAUAGUGUGUGUUUUACCCACUUUAAAAGGGCAUUAAAGCAGGUUGUUAGAAGGCUUUAUGAGAAAAAAAAAGAUAAAAGUUGGAAACACUGAUUGUAUUUAUAUUGUUUUUCCUGGAAUAGAAAUCCACCUGAGAAAUUUGAAUCCUGUUUAAAGGCGCUAUGUGUGGAAAGAGGCAAAUUGAGCAAUCUCUCGCAAUCAUAUUGUUUGGUAAUUGCUCUUCUGGUGGUGGCGCAAUGGCAGCUAUCGACCAUAUUCCCGCAGUGGCCAUCUUUUUGUGACAUCACACUCAGAGUAAGAAACUUGAAUCAAUCAAUUGAUCAAUCAAUCAGUCCUUAUUUAGUGUUAUUUCAAAACAUUUAACAAAACAAACAAGCAAACAAAAAAGUCUAUUGAUAGAGACCUAAUGUAUCAGACUGAGCCUCAUCCUGUAAGAUCAGAUCCACUUCCAUCCCAUCUUCAACCACAUGAGUGAAACACUUGACAGUAUUUAUCAAGUUACAGUGGAGAGGGAGAUCAUCCUUUAACAGGCAGAAACCUCGAGCAGAACCAGACUCAUGUUAGAUAGUCAUCCGCUGAGACUGAACUGGGUUAGGAGGGGAGGGAGGGAGAUGGAGAAAGAGAGAGAUGGACAGAGGGGAGAUCGUUGAAGUUGUAGUUGAAGCAGUUGGAAAGCAGCAGGUCCCCAGCAGCAAAACAUCUGCAGCAGUAAGAAACCAGAGAAACAUAUGACCCCGUAGGAACCUGAUAGUAUGAGGCGUCCCAGGUUAUAGGUCAUUAAAACCUCAAUAUUGUGACUAACAGUGGUCAUUUCACAGCUCAUUGAUUUAUGGGUCAUAUUUCAAGUUUAAAAACCCAUUUGACAGCCACUUAACUUACAUUAGAACACAGCUAACAUUAGCAUUCAGUGAUUUUCUAUUUAGCAUAAAUGUUCAAAAAUCAAUGGGGAAAGGGAAACGUUUGCACAAGCAAGUUGAUUAUCUUAUAAAUGACUACUUUGUAAGUGUUUAUGUUUCCAUUGCCGUCUGUUUACACAUAGUCUUUACUGUUUAAACAUGUGAAGUACCCUACCACUGAAAGUGUCCCCGUCAAAAGGGGACUUACAGUUUGUUACUACAGCAACCCCACAAUCAUUUAGAUGGGGUCGCUGUUAAAACCAUAACACUGGCAGUCUUACCCUCAUUAUUGAUCAACUUUGCUUCGAAUAAAUCAAUAAAUGAUAAAUUAUGGUGAGUUUAUCAGUUUUAACAUGGAUGGAUGCUUAAUAUAACCUUUGAGUAGGUACCUUGUACCAUAACUAAAAAUGCUUCUAUGUGUCUUCUAUCCACUCACUAUUAUCACACGGAUCUGGAAGUCACUCACUAUUUGUCAAAGCUAGUUUGUUAAAGUAACAAACAGGAUGUGUAGUGAUUAACCCCCUCAGGGGGUUAUCCAUCAUACUUCCAUUGCAGAGAUACAGGUACAUGCCUCAUUAUUCACAAACAGUAAAGGGGUCCAAUGAUACCCGGAGAAGCCUGGGAUCGACUCAGAAUGGCAGAUUGUGCCUUUCAUUUAUUCCUGUGCCUGAAAACCUGACCUUUCAAGACCAAUCCAUAGUUGAGGGUAAUGCAUUCAGCUAAAAGUGUGGAAUAAUUGUGAGUGGGUGCAGUUGCCCACAGCAGUGUAGCUACAUGACAUGUGAGAUGUACAGUAUGCACUGUAUGUAUGUGUAGAUCAGGCAGAAUCAUGUACUGCGCUGCAACAUUAUACAUGUGUAUUAGUCACAUGAUACAUAUGUAUGAUUAUGUUGAUUUCCUCGGCCUGCAGCAUGCAUCUGUAAUAUGUAAUGAGUCUCCUGAGUAGAGCACACCACGUAGGUUUGGAGUCUAUGAGUGAAUGUGAUCAUAUUCAGUUCACCUUUCGGGUUUAAAUGUCAACCUGCGUAUGCAAAGACUGUACAAGAGGGUACAAGCAUGUUUCUCACUGUGAGUUGUUAAGUUGCUGUCUUUCCUGAUGAAUUUUAACACAGUGUCCUUUGACUUUGCUGAGAGUGGCUUCAUGUUUGCUUGUGCCUGCUGGAGCAAAAAAAAUUGAGUCAUUACAACACUGCAGCCAAAUCCUGCUUAGUAACUCUCUUUGAAGGAGAGCAUCAGUGUGACCUUUGCUAAAUUGUACCCCUGAUCUUCACCCUUUUGUGACCCCUGUAUUUAUGCUGCCCUUGCCUUCCUCUAAUCUAGCCUUGGACAUGUUCCUCUGCCUUGCCAGAGCAUAGAACCACUACAGUCAAAGAGUUACCCACAGUGUUGAAUGAGUACACUGAACCAGAAUUUGCCCCCCAUGGCCAUAAAAUCUCAAUGUUGUGUGUUAGCUUGCUAGCAUGGGUGUGCGAGCAUGAAUAUGCAAAUGUGUAAACAUGAUGACCUUGCAAGUUGCUUAAAAUUGAAGUCCACAUAAAUGACAGUGCAGUCAGGGAAACUGAGGUACCAACCAAGCAGCGGUGUAGACUGUGUUAGUGUUAGCUUAACACUUGUUAUCUGAUUUGGUGAGCAAAUCAAACCUCUUGAAACCUAAAAGAGAGGAAAAUAUAAAUACUUUCAAACUUUUAACUUCACUUGAUAAUGCCAACUAGAGGAGCAGCUUAUCAUGGUGUUAGUACAUAAAAAACCAACAAAUCAUAGGGUGACCAUAUUCUGAAUCCGCAAAAGGAGGACACUACAACGUGUGGAGGAGUUGUGCAUGCAUGCAAAAUUUUGAGGGUUCUUCGGGUAAGAUCGAGUGUUUGUUUUACAUGCUUCUAACACACUUAAACACAUAUUCUAAACAACCUAAAAGACAAUUAACCAUGCCUCUUGGAGAUACUGAAAAAUACUGACACAAAGUUGGGUUUAUAAACAAGAUGUUCAUUUAUCUAAAGCAUUUCUCCUCAACAAAAUUAUCAGUCACAUACAAAAUUUUCUUCCUUUUCUUUCACUCACGCAGACAGUGCAUGCGUUUGUCUCAUUAGUGGCUUCGCUUAGAACUGAGUGGAGGAGCAGAGCAGCAGAGAGCACUGAUGCGCUGAACUGUUAUGAUAAUGAAUGAAUACACGUUCCGGGGUUUGGCGUGUGUUUCCACAUGAACCAUUGAACGCAUAUGGUAAAUACAAUGGUCUGUGAUGCGAAGAGAAAGUACACGCCACACAAACUCAAAACUGUGGAAGCCCGUUUUUUUGCCAGUGAAAAAAAAGAAUUCGACACAAAACCCUGGACAUUUGAAGGAUACCCCCCCCCCCCCCAGACAGGCCAAACAGCCCCCCAAAAGAGGACAUGUCUGGGUGAAAGAGGACGUAUGGUCACCCUAACAUAUCGCGAUGUGGUUAAGGCUGCACUAGCUAACUUAUUUGAUGUAUGUUACAAAAAACUUCUUCCAAAAUCACUGAAAAAUAACAAGAAAGAAAGUAAUAUUAAGAAUCAGCUGAUAAAAUUUUAAAAAUAUUUUAACGUUUUUUCAGUGGAGUUCUUGGUUUGAGAGUUGCACUGCAUCCAGAAAAGAUUCUGUUGGGGAGAAGUUGAAGAGUUGAAACUGUUUAAAAAAUUCCAUCAGACUUUACACUCAUGUGUCAAGAAAAAAACCACACACAUCGUGGUAUUAAAUUAUGUAAAAGACAUAACAUUUAGCACAUCACAAAGACUGCUGAAUGCCACAUUUACACUCUAAUGUCACUCUUGGUGGUGAUGAAGACACAUCCAGCUGUAAUCAGGAAGCUCUGCCCUGUCUUAAUAGUUUCUCUUGUAUGUGUCUGGCUCAUUGGGGCUUUACUCAUCCUGUUAAAUACAUUAGUUAAUCUCCAAGAUAAAAUCUUGUUAAUCUGCCAGAUUUGUGCAUACUUGUUUUAGUAUUAUAUCUCUACUGGUUCAGGACAUCUGCUUAACCCAAGCUUAUUCUUCAUUAACAGAUACCCCGCCUGCUGCAGGUAAGCGCUUUGCUUUUCAAGUGUGUGUGUGUGUGUGUGUGUGUGUGUGUGUGUGUGUGUGUGUGUGUGUGUGUGUAUGUGUGUGUUCAGUUCAAGCCUGUCUAAAGCCAUUGAUGAGCGCAGUUUUUUUUCAUCUAUAAGCAUACACAAACACAUAUCUGCAGUCUGAGCAGGCUGGAGGAAACCAGAUAUGGUCUUCAUUGUCCACAGGACUAAUUUCCAUGUACCAACUGUUUCUUUUCACUCAGCGAACAAUGAGCCUAGGGAUGGUAAGGAACAGUCACAACAUGCUGUUUCCGGCCUGCUUGUGUUUUCUCUUUAUAUGCUUGUUCUCUUUUUUUUUCAACCACAUUGUAUGUUGGUGAACACAGGGAUCUGUUACUGAAUGUGACAGACUCAAACUGUUCCUUUCAGAGGCCUGGGAUUGCUCUGGUGACAGCCAUCAUUUAUGCUAAAGAUUAAACGUUUCACUCAGCCUGUAGAUUCAUUAAUCAAUGGUUAUUAGAGUGGAAGUACAACUGUAUAGUAACGUUACACAUAUAAAAGACAAAAGACACAAAGUGCCUCUUUGUGGAUAGAUAACGAAAAGUAAAAGAUAAAAAUGAUGCAACUUGAAAGUACCUCAAGCCACAGAUAACUCAUCAGAUGGACUGUCAGAUGGAAUGAGUUGACAGUGAAAUGAAUAAAGAACAAAUAGACCAAAGAGAUGUCUAUGAAUGAAAACAGGCUUUCAAAGUGAAUUAAAGUAUCAGGGUUUGAUAGUUUCCACCAAAGCAUCCGAGAGACGUCUGAGUGUGAACUCUGAUGUGAACUCAUGACAUCUGGUUGGUUUAUAAAAGUGAUAUAUCCUGCCUGUGGUGAAGCUGGGCAUAUAUCUGCUGAGAGUGUCAUAUGUAGAUACAAUAAUACUGUUAAAUAAUAAGUGCAGGAACUUGUGGGUGUGGGACAGUGUGGGUUUUUAAUGGUGCUGCUUGAAUGACUGACUGAUGAUGUACUUAAUAAAUAAAAACUGGGAAAUUACAGAUCCAUAAUUCUCAGAAAAGCUGUGUAUCUAUACAAAAAUGUGAUACUAUUUUAAUGUAUUUGAGAGGGUAUAGAAUUUUUGAUAAGUGAGUUUUAUAAAGGUUCAUAAAUUCCUGAUCAGGUUUUCACAGGGGAAGUUGCAGAAAGGAACUCUGUAACUUUCAGAUUACUGUUUAAGACAGAUCAUGCUAGGUUGAACAUAUAUUUGUUUAGUUUGUAAUUUUAACAGAAGUCAUGCAGAUUUGAUUUCUCUGUGAUCAAAGAUGAAAUACCCCCCUUAUGAAAAGCCAGAAAAAUACCAUUUUAUACAAUGCAUAUAAGAGUUUUAUGAUCUUGCUCCAUCAGCAAAGCUCUUUCAUUUCAAUCUGAAAAGAUCAGCCUAAAGAUAGAGAUGAAGCAGAGAAAAUUAUCUAUUGUGAUACCCAUGAAUGUCGUUGGUGCUUUGACUGUACAGGGAGAUGUUGCAAUCAAGUGGGUUUGGGCAGAGGCAUUAAAUCCCCUCAUGGAGUCACGAUGGAGCUGAAUUUGUUUGUGCCUUUUAAAACCUUUAAACAGGUUGUUAAAAAAACACUUCUGCUUUAUGAUGUGAUGACAUUAUGCUUCAUAAAUCAGUGUGGUUAAAAAAAAAAUCAGGAUUUGGUUCUGAGUGUUUAUGCUGGCUAAAUGGAGUUGUAACUGGAAGAUAAUCAUGUAUGAAUUUGAGGAUUUUAUUUUCUGAAAUGACAAAUUCAUUGCUGAACUAAACUUCUCUUUUAAAUCUGAGUAGAAUUUGGAAUUAUACUCUACUCAGGUCUUGCUAUCAAAAAGUCCUAAAUGUCAUGGGGGAGUCAAAAGGAAAUAAAGGAGAUUAAUUAAUAUCGGGAUGAUAUAACUUUUAUGUGUGCUGUAAGAAGUUGUCUUCAUUAUCCAAAACAUGAAUAGUGUCUGCAGGGUUGUUUCAGUCAAUUAGUCCCUCUGGGUUCUCACAUAACAUCUGAAACUUUUAUUCCCAGAGCCAAGGACAGUGUCUCGAGUUAAUUUCCCAAACACAACAAGUGUAAACAUUCAAAAGUGUCCCCUGGGUGCCAUUUCAGGAUCAGCUUUACCCACUUAGCAUUUUAACUGAAACCUUUUAAAUCAUGCCGAACAUCUGAACCUGGAUCUGUCCUCAGGGGCACUUUUGAUUAAAAGAUCAAAUUAACUAAGCCCAUAAAAGCAGAGAGAGAGAGAGAGAAAAGCGCCGGUGUUGUGGCUCUCUGAAUUUAUGGAGGUGCAUGACCUUCUGUGACAUGUGACCCUGGAUCCAUUCUCUUAGCCCAAUGGAUGUCCACCCAGGGGCCCACUUAAUCCCCUUGAAUGGUCCGACAUGCCUCACUCUCUACCUGCUUGUCUAUAAACUGUCUUUCCUAUAACACUUACAAUAUGUUGGACUUGGGAUGUGAGAAAAACAAGAGGAAAUGUUUUUAUGUACGCUGAAUAGUCUCAAUAAAAGUGGUGUCGAAGACAUAACUCAUUAACAGAUGUAUGUUUUUUGUCAGAGAAAAUGAGGAUAUUUUAAUUAGACUCAUAAAAAGAAAGAUGUUAUUCAGGAGUGUGAGAACACGCUGAUUUAAUGUGUGAGUGUUCCUCACCUGCAGUCAAGAUAACCAUUGGGCCAAUUAACGCUUGUGUUAAACAGCACAGCUCUGAUACUGUACACACUGACGUGUUCCCCGCUCUCUCUUUCUGUCUCCUCCUUCAACGCAGAGUUGCCUCCUGAUGGUAAGACAAAUGAAUACGUUAGCGUUUCUGUAUAGCAUAUUAUCUGACAAGCAAACACCUUACAGAGGUUACAUCAAUUUACACACAAGAGAAACAAGGGAGCGGAUAAAAGAGCAAAGUCGUUUAUAUCACCAAGAUAAGAGCGUACAGCGUCAGCGUAUGUUCUGUCAGGGAGGUAGAAGAUUGCUGAAAGUCAACCUUAAUGUGAAGUCUUCAGAGGAGAUCAGAGAAGUGUCUUUAUUCCCUGGGGCCAGACUGUUCUAGGGGGCUCCUUGGUCGCCUGUCAGAGGGUCCCUAAUGGUUUGUGUGGCGUAUAAGCAAAGGAAAAGGCAUUACACAAACUUUAUGGAUGGGUUUAUCUCAAAAGAAAACUGCUCCUCAGAUUUAGAAUCACAGAAAACUUGAAAUGUGUCACUGUGCUCCAAGGGUGGGAUUUAAUGGUUGGAGACUGCGGCUCAUCAAAUCACAUAUAGGUGUUAGAGAGUAAAGGCCCGGUGUUUAAACAGACUGCUGCUUCGGUGGUUUGCUUGGUCGACCUGUCUUUUCUUGUUGUCUACAAUGUGUUUGUGGCGUGUUUGUCUCAGCGCCGUUCAGAUUGAGAUUUCUGGCUUAAAUUUGUUAUUUGUGUUUCAUUUACUCAACCCCAAAUCACAGAACAUGUACCAGGGGAGGAUCCUCAGCUGUCCGAACUGACCGGCCUCUUUGUGUUGAAGCCUGAGAGUACCACUGCGACAAAAGGUCCGGAGAAGUGACUGGACAACAAAUACCUUAAUAGUGUAGGGAAAUACAUGAAAUACAGAGUGUCUUACUUUGUAUCUUGUUCUUCUUUUUGGCAGGCAAAGACAUUACAUUUGUGACAAAAGUUGAUUCCUCAAACCUGCUCAGAAAGCCUACCAUGAAGUGGUUGAAGGGGAAGUGGUUGGACCUGGGGAGUAAAGCUGGGAAGCACCUGCAGUUUAAAGAGACCUAUGACAGAAACACCAAGGUUGCUAUGUUUACACUGUGUGUGUGUGUGUGUGUGUGUGUGUGUGUGUGUGUGUGUGUGUGUGCGUGUGUGUGUUUGUUUCAUCGUAUCUUUUGAACACUCAUUAUUAGCCAUGCUAACAGAGUGGAUCUUAGGGUUGUCAUUUUGGUGGGUCUUUUGCUGAGAACGUACUCUACUGGUCAGAGCCAUCUGAGUUUUGAUUUAUGGAUUUACAUGUGUGUUUUCUUCAAUUUGGUUGAUGCCUCCCUGUGUGUUUUAACGUCCUUUGUGGUCAAUCAGAAUUGGCAAGGCAAUUGGACCAAUCAGAAUAAAGCAUGUAACACUUGGAGAUGAUUAGUAAAAGCCAUGGGUGGAUAGAGUUGACAGGUUUAGAAGCUUGGCCAUCAGUAUUUUGGUGUUAGCUGACGCUUUUUAGCCAAAUGCGUUGCUCGCAAAUGGUCAGCAGUUAUUCUCAAAUGGCAACAACCAGAUACUCUAAGCUUAACAAGACCAAACCUUAAUGUUCAUCUCAUUUGGAUGAAUGGAACCAAAUGCUGCUGUUGUUGCCACACUGUGAAUUUGUUAGGAUUUGGGCUGCAAAGGGAUUUAAUUGCAGGAUGAACUCAGAAAUGCAUAAAAACAAGAGGUUGGGGCUGUCUUGGUACCAGUUUUCACCUUGCGAUUAUCAUAGACAUAAAAUAUUGUGAUGACGAUUUGGCAACAUUGAAUAUUUAUGAAAAACUUGAAUAUACUAUAACACAAUUUGUCAAAGGAAAGACAAGCCAAGAGAGAAGCAACACAAUACUUCACAAACUUUACCAAUUCACUCAACUAACUUUCAUGCCAUUAAAUCUCACAAUGUUCAAAUUUAUGAUUUAUCCAUAUCACCAGCCCUGUAACAGAAAUGACACCCCCUCAUAUAACAAUUGUUUGUCAUGCUUUUCUUUUGGUAAUUUUUAUUUCUUGCAUUUAGAUUAUUUCAUUUCUGGAACAUUCAAAUUAUGCUUAUUCUAGUUGAUUGAAAGUUAUGGGACUUAACUGCAAAAAAGGUUGGAAACUUUUAAUGUAUAAUUGAUUAUCAAACUGAAAACAAACAAGCUCUUGUAUUGGUUUUGGAUUCAAAUUAAAUUGUUGUAUGUCAGUCUUUAAACGUGCAAGGGGCUUUAGCUAGCCUGCUAGCAGUCGGCUUCUUCUUCGCCUAUCAUCUGUUUUAAGUCAUGUUGCAAUCAGAGUUCAGAGCACUACAAUAAACUCAUAGUAAUGCUGGUUUCUUAUUCUUAGCACAAUAUUAUUAUUCUAUUUCCUUCUAAAAGACGAUUAUCAUCACCCCUGUGACUUAACCCUUUACAGAGCAAACAAACAGGUGGCUGAAAUUUUUGGCAGGAGACAAUGUAAAAACUGCCGCCCAGUAAACACUGCUCCAAACUCUACAGAAACCAGUACUGGCCUGAUCCUUUUAACAGCAAACCUGAGUCUGUACACUCUAAGUGCAGGUCUGACUGCAUAUCCGUACACACAGAUAUUCGUGUGUGUUUGUGUUUGAGUGUUAAUUUAUUAGCAUGUGUCUCCUACACAUCACCUUCCCCCCUCUCUCUGUCAGAUCUACACUUACGAGAUGAGCAUCAUCAAAGUAGUGGAUGGAGAUGCAGGUGGUUACCGCUGCGAGGUCACCUCCAAAGACAAGUGCGACAGCUGCACAUUCGAAGUCUCUGUGCAGGGUAGGUCUGGAGACAUGCAAUCUCAUUAUUGUCAUCUUCCAUUCAGCCUCUCCAGUGUUACAAUGAAACUGGCUUUGUCAGCCAAUAACUCAGUGAGUGUGGAACAUAUUAGGUCGCAUCAUUUAGCGGCCUAGUAAGGUCAUCACUCCAUUAUUCCUCUGCAGCUUGGGCCUGCUGGGGAAUGAAUUAACCUAGCCGAGCACUCACCAGCCUUUCUACCUCUGUCUGGUUUCAGCUGUACAAGAGGAGCAGCAGGACAACAUCUUGGAGGCGUUUAAGAGAUCGUGAGUGUCAGGGUUGGCGAGGGUCUGCUCAACAUGUCACCCAUCACACUGCCUCACAUAUGCUCCUCUGUAGAUUGCCGCCUCUAGGCAUGUGUCAGUCUCAACCAGCAUCUUUGCCUGUUUGUCUGUCUCUGCCUCAGCUGCAGCUGACUUUGUGCAAGUCAGUCUGUCUGCCAUGUUUCUCUUUCUAUGUCACGGUUUAAUGCGUCUCUGCUUUUUGCUUCACCUAGAGUCCCUCAUGGCUCAGCACCAUAUGUGUUUCACCCGAUCUGCGGGUCCACCCCUCUCUUUCUAUAUGUAUCUGUUUACCUCUAACAGCCUGUCUCUGUUCUCUGUUUGUGUGAAGUGUGUCUUUGUAUGUAUCCUGUGACUGCGUUGCUUUUUUAUUUCAGGUGUGUGAUCACAAAUCUACUGACACCUUCACACUGACAUCUCAAGACUCACAUUUGUAAUCUGUGCUUAAAAAUACAACGCUCCUCCCUUAUUAGAGUGUGAGCAGAAACUCAAAGUUAAAAAGACAGCAUCACACUGAGCUUUAGACAGGAUGUCAGAGCGCUUAUUUGCAGAAUGCUGAUAUGAGAAAGAGAGAGGGCGAGGCACAGAUAAAAAGAAAAGUGAGAGGUUUGUUAAAACUCAAAUGUUCCUGAAGAGAUUAUGAAUGCGUGAGUUAAAUACCUUGUUAUGUGGAGGUUAUACAGCCAGGAGGUAAGUAAGAGGAAUCCAGCUGGAUUCUUGUGUUUUUCUUUUAAAGUUUGUGCCAGAAGCAAAACAAACUCACUCAUUAUUCCUCUGGACUUUAGGUUUUAAAUUCCUGACUUCAUUGCGCAUUUCAAGUUUAAAACAACCGCAGCAUCGCAACAUGUGCCCCAGGCAAAUUUGGCUAUGUUUUUCUUCUUCAUGUUGUGGCUUUGCUAACUGGUUGGUCGCCUGAAAAGGCUUCAAAGGGAGACAAAAAUUAUUCUGUGAAAUACAUAGCAUGUGUUGGCGUUUUAGAAUGAGACAAUUUCUCUUACUGUUGGAGGAACAGCAUUUUCUUUUUGUAGUCUCACUAAAUGUCAAUGCUACACAUAGGUGGAGACCAGAACAUGCAGCCAAAAACACACCACAAAUUAAAAAUCACUGAAGUUUAAAGUCCACUAAAUUUCACUAAGGUCUGGAUCUUGUGUUUUGCUGCUUGUCUCAACACAAAAAGAAAAAGUUGUGGUUAAGUGUCCUGGUCACAACAAUGGAAAUAGUUCAAGGGAGUGAAAGUUGGCUUUUAGUGUCAUAUUUAAGACUGGCAAUCAGUGAACAUUUAGUGAAUAUUUGGACCCAAGCAUUGAUGUAAUGCAAGAGGUUGCUUUUGUCAAACUUAACGUAAAAACAUCCUAUAAUACCCCUUUUCCAUGGGUCCCACUGUGAGCAGCAAUUUGUGUUUUUUACAUUAAAAGUUCUUGCAAAAAUGGUACUACGAUGGCGGAGUUAAGGAAACCAGAGAAUCAGCCAGAUUUAUAACAUGUCCUACAACUCUUCAAACUGUAGCACCAGGGUUCUAAAUUAACUUUUUGAUCACCAGGACUCUCUAAAGUUACCAGCCAAUCAGAAUUUCCACAAGCAAUUUUUUUUUGUCUUUCGCGUGCAUGCACCAAUAUACAGAAUAGUAAUAUACAUUUUAUAUAGUUAUAUACGCAAUAGUUUUACAAGAUUGUGCAAAAAAUCUUGACAAAAUUCUUUUUUUAACAGCCACCUCAUAGAGGGGUUGAAAGGGAAAUAAAAACAAGGAUACUAAGACUGAAAAUACAUCAAAACUUCUGGCACACUUAAAUUGGAGGAUCACCCCCCACCCCCAAUCUGCCCAGUAUUCAACAAUCUCUCAAAAACACUCAAACUAGUUGAAAUCUAGCUAUUUCCGUGGCUGUGAUAAAUGCAGUAACAUCAGUUUCAAGCCCAUACUGCCAUGUGGUGAUUGCAUGUAGGACAGCGUUAUCAUCCCAGGAGAAUUACCCCCAUUAGGGUAGCAAGGACGACCUGGAUGGAUGUUAUCCUUGGAUGAACCGCUCAUCCAUAGGACAGAAAUGAUCACGCAGAAGUGCUUUGAAUUUAUUGGCAUUUAUGUAGGUCUCUGAGGGGUUCAACGAGCUUCAACCAUGCCAGGAAAACACACUUCAUGGUAUAGAGGAGCUGCCAAAACUGUUCACUGUGGGGCACAGCAUGCUCUCCAUCCUGCGGACCGAUAUUGGUGUGUGCCACACACAGCACUUGUCACCUUGUUGAAGACAAGAGGGUGACUGAUGACUCGACACUAUGUGAGUCAGAUGUGCGUGAGGAGUAAUAAAGAGUUCAUGCAGCAAAUCACAACACAAUCCUUCACUACAUGAAAUUAUUAUUUUUUAUGUUUGCAUCUCAGGCCUCCAUCUAACAUCUCAUGCGUUUAUCUAACAUGCUAACAAUACUUUUCUAAACCAUCUUUCAAUCAGUUUGCAUGGAGUCACUUUGACUUUCCGUAAUGUAUUUAAUGUUUGCUUAAUUUUUGGCCUGAAUGUUGCUUCAUAUGCUUGUUUACUGUGCUUUCUGUCUAUCACUUGUAUUCAGGGCAUGAUGUUAGCUUUUAGUCCUCAUCAAAAGCUCUGCUCUGUGUUCUCACUUAUCCUAUUUUUGCAUCCAUUUAAACACAGGACAAAAAAAGGGUAAGCUCGAACUGCAGGCUUUCAUUCAAUAGACCUGCUGUGUGCUGUAGGAUCAUGUUUUUGUUGGAUUCAUAAUUGUGGUGCAUAAUUCAUGUUUCCAUGUACUUAUUUAUAGCUCUGGUUAAUGGGGAUUUAUUUUUGAAUUCAUAUGCCCUAAUGAUCUUUUGUGUUAGAAAUAGUGUGAGUUUAUAAUCCUACAAUGUUAUUUUCCCAAAUCUCUCCAUUUUAGUGGAGGUGGAGAUGAGGAUGCAGGUGAUCUAGACUUCAGUGCCCUGCUGAAGAAAAGGUAAGAGCAUUAACAGCAGCAACUGACACACAUAACGACAUCAGGCUCUAUUUUCGUCCUUCGCCGUUCCCAAGCACAAUUUGGUAUUUUGGUGAGCGGCCCAGCCCAGCGUAAGUAUCCCCCUCCCUAACGCAGCUCCUCCCAGCGGCGUAAGUCGUAGCGAGGGAGGAGAGAGGGUGUGGAGUGGGUUUAACACAGCCAAGACCUGUAUUGACCAAUAACAUCAGCUCCUCUCCUCGCCUUUAAAUCCACCACCGGCGAGGCGUAUUACUAUUUUCGUGAAGUAGUCAAAGAGAUCAAGAGAUGUCUGAAGACAGUAAUGCCACACAAUGGCGACAGAAGGCAGCCCCUCAACAAGUGUCGCUGUAGGCGCUGCAGGGGCGUCCUCCACACUCUCUCAUAUGAGCACAGAUGGAUUUGGUGUGUGUAAUGUUGCACCCACUGGUAAGACAAACACCCUUUUCCACAAAUAAAGACAGAAAGGGUUGUGUGCACAGAUCACAACAUGAAUUCCAAUAAUGGCAUUAAAAUCUGAACCAUCUGUGCGUAACUGACGCAUCGCGCUCUGUGGCCUGGCUCUUUCUUUCAUAGAUGUUGGCAUAUAAAGUAAAUUUGGCUCACAAAACUGAAUAUUACAAUAUUCGUAUGUAGGCUUAAAGUAAAUAACUCAUCUGAUCACUGAAACAAAUCAUCUGUUCAGCCGCCGCCGCAGCAGCUGCAGCAGGACGGGGAGAGGACACGGAGACAUGUCCAGGUCCAACUGCACUAGAAAUAAGAGGAAGAGGAGUUACAUAUCUUGUUCACUUCAUCGUGUGUGUCUAUUUACUAGAUAUUUAAUUUAAUUUAAUGCGGUUUCAGCUGUGUUGAUUCGGUCAGGUUGUGUGUCCAAAUACGUGCCAAACGCGCUCAUCGGAUCAGAUGUAGAUCAGAAUAUAUCUAUAUAGAUCUAAAUGUAUGUGCUGAGUUAGAUUAUUAGUUGUAGUUGAUUAUUCAUUGCACUGAAAUGUGUCUGACUGUGGAAACCUGCCGGUAAGGCAUCGGUGACAUAUGCUGAUACGCUGAUACGCCGCCAGUCUACCAAAAUACCACUAGACCAGCUGCGCUAUGCCUGCGCUGAAAACUGACAAGGGCUGUGUCUCUUUUCAGAGACCGCACCGUCGAACUGCGCAUUUGAAGUGUGCGUGAUGUCAUCACGCGGCGCAAACGGUGUCCCAUUAGGCUCGAAAUGCUGAGCACGCUUCAAAUUCAGUCUCAAAACCACACUACCCCCGCCCUUUUUUCAAGCGUGCAUUUAUGCUUAGGUAUCCCAGAAUUCUUUGCCUGCCGCUGCACAGCUGUGCAUUUCGGGUGAGAGGCCGGACUCGCUUGGAGACGCAACGCGUCUUCAAAGAAAAUACAAGAAAUCCAAAAACAGCAGACAGUCAGCUCAGGCUGCACGAGCGCAUGAUCUCUGAACUCACUAAAAUCUGUUAACCAAACAUUAUAGAUUUAGAGACGAACUGAUCUGCUCUGCUACAACAAUCAAAAACAUUAGAAAUAAGAAAGCUGACAAAACUACAGCCGAGUAGCAUUGACACAUUGAGUCUUUUUUUUUUAAGACUUAGAGAUAAAAGUUGUAAACUUGGGAUAAUGAAGUCAUAAAGUAAAAUAAAGUCAUAAAGCUGCUUUUGUGGAGCGGAAAUGGCUGUAACUGGUCAUCUGUAGGGUUAUCGUGGAUGUAUCAGCGGGUCAUUCAGAGAGUUUUUGUGGUUUCUGAAGAAACAAUCCAACUGAUGAUCAACAUUUGAGAUCCAGAGAGAGUCGAGCUCCGACGAGCACCACGUCUCUGACACCGGCGGUAACCUACACCUGCAGAGACACCAACGCCUUAUUAUGGCAUAUGGAUUAAUAUCAUAAACUAAAGCUCAAUGUCAUUUACGGAUAUUUACGACUGCAUAGACGGAUUUAUCUGCAGCAUAUUCAUUUCUGCCUCCACAAAAGCCGCGAUUUCCUCCAAGUCAACCUGUUUUUUUUUCCCUGUGGAAAUGACGCAUUUCUCAUGUUCUUUUUUAAGUCUUUAUACUGAUGACAAUGUGAUGCUGAUGUGCCAAAGGAUGAAAUAUCUCCUUGUUUGUGAAACCUUUACUGAAGCACAGUUCCUUUAAAUGCCCCAUGGCCCUAAUUUUAACAACUCUCCUCUGAAAUAACAGGUAACCUUACAACUUUUUUCUCAUAAAUUAAUGACUUUAUUCUCGUAAAGUCAUGUCAUUAAAAAUAUUCUCAAUAUGGCCCUCAUACAAAACAUGCAAUCAUUGGAUGAAUUUUGUGGAAAUGAUCUGUGCUUGUAUGUAUCUAUUGUUUUGUGUCUGUGCAAGGUCGCACAAUAAAAAAAUAACUGCUGUGCUCCGCGGCUUUUCUUCAAGUCAGUCGUGACGUGAGCCUGAGGGCGGGGACAUUUGGCGACUCAACCAGGAAGUCCUCCGAAGGGUUGUCUGUCCCAUUUCACAAAAACCGGACCAUCUCACCCAGGGUACUGCAGUCUACAUAACGGCAGUUUGCUCAGUCUGAUGCGGUCUCUGAAAUGAGACACAGCCCAGGUUUGAAUCGGCAAGUUUUCAGCGCACUUUAUAUGCCACCGGCGAGCACGAAAAUGUCCCUGCGCCAGCUGAUUCUGUCGACACCUUCCCCUGCCGUGCCACCACGCCAAGCUUGGCGGACCUCGGUGCGCCUCAGUCUACAAAAAUACCAAACUGGCUGUACGCCGGGCUCUGCCAGACGAAAAUACCACUGCGCGGGGUCCGCCACCCUCCGCCGAAAAUAGAGCCCAAAAACACAAAUAAACAUGGUUUCUCUUCUCUUUUAUCUUAUUUAAAAAUGUAUGUAGGCAGAAGAAACAGGAGGAAGUCAAAGAGGAAGUGGAUGUAUGGGAGAUAUUGAAGGCAGCAAAGCCCUGUGACUAUGAGAAGAUUGCCUUCGAGUAUGGUAUCACAGACUUGAGGGGCAUGUUGAAGAGGCUGAAGAAGAUGAAAAAGGUGGAACCCAAAAAGAGUGACGGUGAGGAGCAAGGGAAGAGACAGGAGAAGGGUUACGAGGGGAAAAAAAAGACUGAGCACCAUGAGUGAAGCAGGCAGAGAAACAGGAGCUGUGUAAUGCAGCAGGCUGUAAAUACCAGCAGCAUUUAAAGGCCUCAGGGGAGAAGUAAUAUUGCAGGGACAACAGGUGGAAUGAGUGUUACCAUAUGCUGGCUGCUGGUGGGCACUAAUGGAUUAUUUGGCUGUAAAAGUAUACUAACAGGAUACUUUUCUUGGCAGCUUUCUUGAGGAAGUUGGAUUCAGCAUACUCAGUGGACAAAGGCAAGAAGAUACAGCUCACAGUGGAGGUGGCUGACCCCGACGCCCAAGUCAAAUGGCUCAAAAAUGGACAGGAAAUCAAACCAUCAGCCAAGUAAGCAGACUACAGCUGUUUUGGUGAUCAACUAAACAGUGUCUGUGUCACUGUCCUUGUUAAGUUAUACUAAACCCAUUGUACUAUCUAAGUCAUCCUUCAUUUUUUCUGCUAUUUUUGGGGCAUUAAGCCUUUAUUGGAUGGACAACUGAAGAGAGACAGGAGACGUGGGGAGUAGAGAAGGCAACUAAAUAAGUUUAGGGUUAAGUGUUGUAAAAAGUUGUGUGAUAUAUGAUAGCUUUUUUUUCAUUGCUGAUUGACUAAACAUCAAGGGUGUAAAAACAACAAAUAACCAACCAGUUGGGAAUGGGAAUUAUGCCUCUUAAAUGGAGAUGGGUUUGAGUCAGACCUCUAUUUAAGGCUACCAAAAAGAGUUUUUUUUUUUUUUAGUCUUAACAUGUUUACAGCCCAGUUGAAACAUUGGCCUUGGUAUAAAAAGGUUAAGGCUCCCACAGCACCCAUGGUAAGUAAUGGUAACACUUCCAUUAAGUUUUUCAAGUUUCAAGAUUGACAAUCAAAGACUGGACUGUCAGGCAGGAUCACCGGAGCCAUUUGUGAUGUGGCCAAAGACCCGCCUCUGGUAGGUUGAGUCAGCAUUACAAGUAUGAUGACUGACUGCCACAGAUUGGCUUCAAAACUUGGUUUAAGAAACAGAUGGGUGACGUCAGUAUUUCUAUAGUCUAUGUGUACACCAGCCUUUGCCCAUGAAACUGGGUUACCAGGAUCACCAGGACCACAGUGUUGCUAAGGAACUUGCUCUACUUUCUAGGGAUUUUUAUUUUCUCCAUGGGUUAAAUGUACCUUUUUUUGAUGUUGGGAUGAUAAAUAAUCCAAAUCUCCACCAAAUUAAGACGGCAGUAUCAGAUAAUGUAUUUUCAUGUUUAAUGGCAGCACACAUUUGCCCUUAGGUGUAUAGACACAUCUUAAUCAAUGUUAAUAGUACUGCCUUUGAUAAUGUGGACAUUUCACAUAUCCUAGACUAAUUAAAUGCAGACUCAAAUAUUUUAGACAUCAUUUUAUAUGAAUUUGAAUUGUCAUCAUGGCCCAUGAGCAGCCGAAGGCUGCUAUCAAAUCAACAUGGGCCUCAGUAACAGCUCAGCAGAGUUACCGGCUGAUCGCCUCCAUGCAACAACACAUCAGUACAGAAAAUUAUGGUAAAGGAGUCCUUACCAAGGACCAAGGAUGAAAAUGGACAGAGUUAACAGAAAUAGAAAAACUCUGUAUUUUAAAUCCUUUUAGUGAUUAAUUUCAGGAAUAUUCCAAUCAUGUGAGACGUUAGAUCUCUGAUUUUUACAACUUGUAUGCCAAAAUCAUUUAAAUCAAAACAAAAAUAGACUUGAAAUAUUUCCCUUUACAUGGCACAAAUCUAAGAUUACUGACCUUUAUGAAUAAAAACCGAAAUUCUUUAUACCACGUUGAUAAUUUUUUUAAUUCAUUGAGAUACACCUGUUCACUGCCUCCACCAGCUGGACUGGAGUCAAACUACAGAAGUGGAUUUACAACAGGAGGUACAUUUUAAACAGCAAUAAUGGUGUGAAAGGAAAGUUCUGGUCUUUGUUCAAACCAGAGGGGGUUUAUACAUAACUUUCAGCCUGAAUCUCAUUUUAAUGGGCAAGCAUCUGCUCCAGCGAACGACUCGACUAACCAGGAUCGUAACCUACAGUGGUGAAAUGUAGAUGUUAUCAGCUCUUGAGGAAUUGUUUUAGAAGAUGAAAUUACAAGUAAACUGGAAACCCUCUGAGACAGUCCUCAACAGCUCUCUGUAAAGAGAUGAUUAAAAUAUCUUUAGGAGCUAUAUGAGUAACUUUAAACUUUGAGAGUCUUUAGCCUGCUGAGCUCUCUUCAGUGCCUGUGUUGCUCUCCUCUUUGCUCUUUUCCCUUCUCCUUCAAAGACUUCAUUUGGUGUUUAAUUGAAGAGGGUACAGCUGUUGCGAAUGGUAUUUUUUCAAUGGUUCCACCAUCUGCCAUUUUCAGUCGCGUCAUGCUGCUUAUUGAGAGCAAGGCAGUCCUCUUCCUGUUUGAUUAGACAGUUACCAGUGGAGAGGGAACAUUUAUUCACCCAGAACAGUGACUUCCAGGAGGCUCUUCGGAGUGUGCACUGCAACCAGCUAGAUCUAACCCAUCAAAUGUUUAAUAGCUUGUAGAAUCAUGGUUUUAGUCCCCUUUCCAAGAACUGGAAGUUGUAUUGUUGCUUAGCUGCUUAUUUGUAGUAGCAGAAGCAGCUACCCCACAAAACAGUCCAUAGGCCAGACCAGACUUUGGUGCCACUCAAGGGGCUUUAAAUGUGUGGUGCCACACUUCUGGUGGGGCAGAAAUUUGGAGCCCCAGGUUUCACAACUUACAUUUUGACAAGUUCCAUGGUGUAUACUGUUCCAUGGUGCUGGUGUAUACUCUGAUUCAGCUGAUGUUCAGGAGGUUUUUCAGUGUCUCACAACACUAUGUUUGGUAUCAUUUUAAAGAAGACCCUCUCGGCUUUCACUGAGACCCAAUUGUGAAUCACAGAAUUAAUUUUGGCUCUUUCAGCAGUCAGUGACAUACAUUUUUCCUCAAUUUUAGUGUAAAUUAUAUUUUUGUCUUUUAGCCCUUUGGCAUCUAGAAACAUAAGAGACACAAAACACAGACAUUGAAGUACUCACAGGACUUAAAGGUUUCAGAGAUACCUAAACUGGGUAGAGAAUUUCCCAGUUUGGGAUCAAUAAAGUCUAUCUAUCUAUCUAUCUAUCUAUCUAUCUAUCUAUCUAUCUAUCUAUCUAUCUGUCUGUCUGUCUGUCUGUCUGUCUGUCUGUCUGUCUGUCUGUCUGUCUGUCUGUCUGUCUGUCUAUCUAUCUAUCUAUAUGUAUAAUAUGCACACACCACUAAAUUGUAAGACAUUAUUGUGAGCCAUAAAUUAGAUAAAUGACUCUCAUACGGUCUGUCAUUUUAAUUAGUUUCCAGUGGUUUGUAACCUUGCACUUCAGACUGCGUAUAAUCAAGAGGAAACUGCUGGUCUCAGGCAGUGCUAAAAACCGCUGCCCCUCAACUGUCACUUCAAUAUCUGCUCUCACUGAACAGGGGUAAAAAUUAUUUCAUAACCCAUUAGCUCUCAAGAUAUUAAGGUUAGGAGUUUUGCUAAAUUAGUGGCAUGGUUGACUUGGUGGGUGCAGUGAAGAUGUUAGUGAAGAGGGUGAGAGCUUUCCUCACCUUUGCUUCCUGGCCUUAUGUUAGGCCAGCCAAAAGCGAGGUUAAAUCAGCAUUUGUAAUAAAGCAGCAGCCCUAGAAGCCAGAUGGAGGUGUCACUUGACUACAUCCAUGUUUCACACAGUUUUUCCCUCAAUUUUACUUCUUUGUAAACAACUUUUGCCUCCCCUGUAGCUCAGCCCUGCAGUAUGUGUGAUCAUUUCAAUAUUCAAAUAGAUGUUCUUGACACAGCAUGUGAUGAACUUGUGCUGUUAUUGUGGACCUUUCAGUUUUUUAAUAGUCCUCACACAACAGCUCAUAUGUGCAGUCACAGGUCUGUGUGAGAAUUUCAUAUUUCUCUCAACAGUGAGUCACUCUGUUAUCUCCAGGCCUCUGGAUCUGCAGUUUCUCAUUUCUCUCUCUGUUUCUUUCUCUCUCUCUCUUCAUUUGUUUCUUAUCCCCGUAUAAUCUUCCCCCUCAUCCUCCUGUGUCCAGGUAUGUGUUUGAGAGUGUGGGCAACAAGCGAUCACUCACUAUCAACAAGUGCAACCUGUCUGAUGACGCAGCAUACGAGUGUGUGGUCGGGGAAGAGAAGUGCUUCACGGAGGUUUUUGUCAAAGGUAGAUGAGUCAUUGUCUUUGGAGGAAUCCUUCUUUUAGGAGGGAGAGGCUGUUUUCUGCUCAGUUUAGCAGAUUCUGUCUUGAAUAUUGAGAGGCUUGACAACUCUGUAACUGUCCUGCGCCUGUGUUUGUCAUCUGUUUAUUUCAAAGCUGUUAUGCUGCACAGUAGCAUGCAGCGCUCUGUUGUCAACUCACUUAUUUUUAAUGGAUAUGUGAAAUUUUCACGUUUUGUUUAUUGUCAUGUAUCGCUGUCAUCCUGCUGUAUGCAUUGAUGUGCUGUCACAUAUGUUUUAGUUUGACUGAGGCACGUAUUUCAGGACACUUUAUGGUUUUUGAAUAUUAUAUUCAGCAGCCAUAUCGAGUAAAAUAAACACAAUUAUUUAACAAAAUAUUCAAAAGAAGUACAAAUAAGAGGUGUUCCUCAUGACUUUAUUUUUUUAUCAUUGAUGUGUGUUGAGGCUCCAGGCUAACUUUGGUGCUGUUUAUCUCUGUGCUGUGUACAGUGUUUUAAUCAAUAUAAUUGGCUCUACUGCUUCUAUAUUAACUUUGCACUUUACUGUGUGUGCCCAACCCUGCUUUUAUGAUUUCAGAGACUUUACAAAAGGUAAGCUCUUCACCACUAUCACAGCUCCCAGGCAGCUAGCCUGUGUGUCUGUGUAUUUGUGUCCAUAAAAAUGUCACUGGUAUCGCUUUGAUUUUUUUUUGUUGUUGAUUGAUCCAGACAUCUGUGAGGGAGUUCAGCAGUCAAAACUAGCAGUCCCCAAUACUUUAAAUAACACAUGUCUUUUUGUCUUCUUGUGUUAUGGAGUGAUUAGUGGAGGAAUGUUGUUUUUCCUACAACACAGUGAAAUCCAACUCACACAAAGUUCUGUGAAAUGGGAACUAGGAAGAUUUAAAUUCAUGUAAGAAUCAUUUUCUUUGAUCAACUUCUUGCUCAAUGUAAGUAGUAGUUACUUUGCAUCGUUUGGAGGGUAGUUGUUUUCCUUAAAAAAAAAAAAGAAAUGUUCAAAACAAGAUGUUAGCAGUCAUUUAAAUGCACUGUUAGCUAGCUUGCAACUGCUAGCUAGUGUAACCUCACACUUAACAAUCUCAAUUUUCUGUUACAACCAAAGGAUAGCUACAGAGACAUUCUCAAAAGGACAGCAUAUAUGGUUGGCUACUAUACCUCAAUUGACCUUGCCUAUAUAGUCUCUGUGGAUAAAGCAGACCAAUCUGUGUAAAAGUGUAAAACAAAAGGUGUGACCUAAAGAAGAAGGACAUAAUGCAGCUAUUACAGCUUUGGCCCUAUAAAUCCAGAAAAUCACAAAACAAUGCAGUAGAAAAAGCAGAGUCUAACACGGGUUAAUUGGAUUAACUAGUACUACUAAUCACUAAAUUUGAUAUUUCACAGGCUGCCAUUCCAGGUUAACAUACUGCUGAGCUUCAUGUGUUGUGUUGACCGCACUGUCCUUUUUAUAUCUGUGAUUUUAGAGUCAAACAGCUGCUUUGUGUUCGCUGAAUCCCAUUCCCGAACUCCUGAGAGAAGUCUCACUCUCCAGAGAAACCACAAAUUUCAUUUUAGACAUCAAGCUUAUUUCACCAAACUUUCUGUGAAGGCCUGAAGUCAUAUUGUAGAGUUCCUUGGCUCUCCAGCAGGGGUUAGAGAGAACUCAGAUGUCCAGAGGGGGACUGGACGCUGAUGAUGACAAAUAGCUGGGGCUAGCAAAGCAUCAAAACAUCACACCAUGUGGUUACACAAUGUGACUCCCACCACCUCAGGAGACGGCAAGUACCUUUCUGUCUUUAUAUGACAGGUGUGUGUGUGGUGGCAUCAAUAAGGACAUCAGGAUCAUAGUGUGCUUUAAUCCAAAUCUUAUAAACAGGGCUUUCUGUGCUGCUAUUUUGUUUACUGAAAAAAAAACUGUUAAAAAAGGCCACCCACCACCCAUCUACAGAGGAGGAGAGUACAACAAUACCUGAAGCACAGCUAUGUUUAUCCACACAGUCAUCAGGAGAAACAAAAGAGUAAAACUGAGCUGCAGCACUGAGGUCAGUGCAGCGAAAUUGAGUAUUUUUCUUAUCAAAUACUCAAAACAAUUGAUUAAGUUUUGUCCAAAUAGGAUAAGUAUUUUAUUUUAUUUUAUUAACAAAAUCUAAUUCUGUGAUGCUUUUAUGACCGAUUAUCCAUUGUAAGAUUAAGAUGCAAAUUUUAUCUCUGCAUAUUGGACUUCUUUUAUGACCAGCAUUUGACCUUCACUGGAAAAAAAACCCUCCCUCACUUUCCUCCAGCACUGAUCCUACAGCUGUUUGCUCACCGUGUUCCUACUCCUGUGAUUUUAAUCUGUGAUUCACUCAACACUACAGUACAGUUUGUUGGUGACUCAGUAGCCACUCUGCUGCAGUACAAUUUUGGCUCAAAGCUUUGAAUUUGUGUACAGAGCCUCCAGUUACCAUCACCAAACCGCUGGAUGACGUUCACACCGUGGUGGGCGAGAAGGUGGAAUUUGAGGUGGAGGUGUCUGAGGAGGGGGCCAACGUCAAAUGGUGAGCCAGAUACCACUGGGUUGUCCCUGGGGUCUGAUUUCUUAUUGAAUGUUGUUGAAAUUUGAACACUUUUCUAGUGAGUCAGAAACAAAAAGAGAGGUUACAUACUAUAGACGUGUAAGAUAUCCAACAAGAGGACAUGACAUGCAAGUCCUUUUCAUUACUGUAACAAAGAAGUGUAAUAGGAACACUUGCAAGUAAAUUGCUUUUUGUUAGAGUACAUUUUCAGAUACAAAUAGAUAGAUAGAUAGAUAGAUUUACUUCACGCAAAAUAAUGGCAUUAUGGCCACACUUUUAUAUUUUUCCCAGCUUACUUUUUAAAUUAAAAUGUCAAAUUGUUCGAACAUAUGUCUUAAAGGAAAAACUGAAUGUGUAUUUAUGAGUGGCAGGUUCGGCUGAUGGUUGGCAGUUAGGUGGUGUCUUUGGUUAAUUAAUAAAGUAAGGUGAUCAGAAUGAGAACUCAUUACAACUAUAUCAUUUCCAUCAAAGAACUUGCCAUAAUAGCCAACAAGCUGAAAAUGCAAAAUGCCAACAACCCUGAUACUCAGGUGAAAUUUCUUGUCAGCUAUUCUUUGGUUUUUCUCACAUCAAAACUUAUGUGCUUCAUUUUUCCCGGAUGUAAACGCUGGGUAUCAACACUACAACAGCCUCGCUACUUAAUAUUGUCCAUUUGUUAAUACUGUCUUUCCACUCCCUAAUAUCAAGCCGAUCUGGAGGUUAUCUCAGUCAGUUUGUCUGAGUAGCAUCCAUGAUCUUUGGUUAUUAAUCCUUGGUGUAGCUCAACAAACUCUUAUACUUUACCAAACAGUGUGUACAUCUUCAUUGUAAUCUGCAACCAUGCUUAUGUUUCACAGCGGUGUGUUCUUUUUUGACAAUAUGCAAAACGAUGUAAUGUUGAAAUAGUCAGGGUGUAUCCAGCACUAGAAGCUCAGUCAAUUUGGGGAUGAGAUUCUUCAAUAUCAGUGAAAACCCAUUUGCCCUGCACAGCACAUGCUGAUCUAACCCAUGUGUGUUUCCACUGGAAAAAAAUAUCCCACAGCAUUUAAUUUGUUGCUCCUGCAGUACAACCUCUACUCAUGCCCCUAAAACCUAAACACAUAUCUGAGAAAAUGUUCUCCUUCUGCACCAUUUGAAAAGUAUGUCAGUACCUUGUAACUGCUGAAGGCUCCAGUCACGUAGAGCAAUACAGACAUGUCAAUCAGCUUUUCCUUCUGUGUGUGUGUGUGUGUGUGUGUGUGUGUGUGUGUGUGUGUGUGUGUGUGUGUGUGUGUGUGUGUGUGUGUGUGUCUGUCUGUCUGUCUGUCUGUCUCUGUGUUUUCUUCGCCAGGAUGAAAGAUGGAGUUGAGCUGACCAGAGAAACAGCAGGUUCAAAGUACAGGUUCAAAAAGGAUGGGAAGAGGCACAUUUUGAUCAUAAAUGAAGCCUCUAAGGAGGACAGUGGGAUGUUUCAAGCGUUCACUAACGGAGGAGAGUCGCAGGCAGAGCUAGAAGUUGAAGGUACAAUCGCUUCUCUUUAAGUAAUUAAUAAUGUCUGACAUAUAAAACUAGAGCAGAGUUUGUUAGAUAAGCAUGUUAGAUGUUGUCAGGCCAGGCUGUCUUUAAGUCCUCACAAGGCUUUCCGGCUUGUUGUAUAGCCCUGUUGAAUAAAACAUAACACUAAGAAUGAAAAGGCAUAUCGCAGCAUGAACUUUACAAACUGUUCUAGUUUUUCCAGCAACUGUCGAACUUGUAAAUGCUGCUUGAUUACCUAAAGAGUUUAAAGAGGCCUACAGUGAAAUCCAACAGCAUCAGAUGCAAUAAUUUAUGGGUGAUUAGCCUGGGCAAAAAGUUUGCUAACAAGCAUUUCAAACAUGGCUGCUCAAUUAGGAGCCUACAGAAAAUUACACACCCGCACAUGAUGAUGUUUGCCAUUCUGACAAGCAUGAAAAAGCCAUAAAUUAGUCAUUACUCAUUUCAUAAUUAUUAUUACUCCACUAAUCCCUUGUAUCAGUGGUUCAUCUCACUGUUCGUCAUGCUCAUUUUAAUUUACACCUCCCAAAAACGGAUGCUGGGGUCAGUUUCCCCUGCAAAGUCAGAGCAUACCUUCAAGACAGAGAAGUCCGUAAUCAAUUAGGGUGUGAGAAAAUAUGUGUGCGUCCUGCAGUUAGACGAUCUUGCAGGUGAGCAAUUUGAAUAUUUCUGCAAUGCAGAUUCUUAUUUUCUGAAAAAGGUGCUGCAUAGUUAAUGAUCACGGGGCAUGCUGUUAUUGUUGUGCCUUACAGUUUGCGUUUGGGGGCUUCAAUAUAUUUAAAAACAGAAAAGAAUAGUAUCUAACUUUACAUGAAACCAAGGUUAUGUUGGUUCUGUUAUUAUAAAGUAUAGAAUUGAUCAAAUAAGUCCAAUCCAUAGUUGUACAAUGAAAUCAAUCCUGUGUAUUGAAUGAUGCAGAUAUAAGUAAAAACUUUGUACAACUGACUUAAAGGGAUAUUUCGGCGUAAAAUUGAGUUAGGGUCAAACACACCGUAACAUCAAGUUAGACACCCCCUCGUGAGAUGAAUGUUGCCGACUGCUUGCUGCUCUAGUUAUACUAACUUCAGCAAUAACUGCACGAUAGCAAUACACAGCGGUCUGCGUCUCCAUGCAUACCUCAACCUCAACCGAAAUGUCACUCUAUAGUCAUAAAUAAGGGAAAUGCAAUCAGACCGAGACGCUAAGGCAGAAGAACUACUGCAUCUGCAGUGGACAUACAAGAUGCACAAGAACUCUGAUUGCAUUUCCAUGAAGUAAUAAUCAUAGACAUCUGUGAGACCAGAUAUCAUCUUGGCCUCCGAGGCCACAAGGCAACUGCUCAUGCUAGAGCUAACAGUUCAGUGGGAGGAUAGGAUGGAGGAUGCACAAGAGAGGAAGAGGGAGAAGUACCAGGAGCUGGUGGAGGACCGCCGAAGGAAUGGCUGGAGAACCAGAUGUAUGCCAGCAGAGGUGGGGAACCGGGGAUUCGCCAGCCACUCCCUGAGCAAGGCCUACAGUACACUAGGCAUAACAGGUGCCAACCGUAAGAGAGCCAUCAAUAACAAUGCAGAGACAGCAGAGAAAGCAUCCACAUGGCUCUGGCUGAAGAGGGGAGAGAGGUGGGGGCAGUAGAAUGCCACUUGGACACAGGCCGGGGCCCGAUCAGCCUCGGUUGGGUCACCUGGGCGAGGGUGUCUGUUGUGAGACCUGAAACACCCAGUGACUCCAGGAAACAACACUGAUGAUGUGUCCAAGGUAGCGCAUCAGGGGAUGUUGUAAAAACAAAUAAAUGUUCUUCCUUGAGCUGUAAAACUCCAUUGCACUCGGUGAUCGACUCGUCAGGGCUCCCCCCUUCAACAAGGAGGAGCUGCUGGGAGGAGUGGAUGAUUUGUGUUUAGUCUCUUUGCUAAAGAAACCAGGCAAAGUUAAAAAGAUGUUUGAUGGCUAGUACUAUGGCUGGGACCCUAUAUGUACUGAUGAUGAAGUUAGGUGCUGUUCUGAGCAUUAUUUGUGGCUAUAGAGUGGCUUUUUGGUUGAGGUUUGUGGGUGGAGACGUAGACUGCUGUGUAUUGCUAUGGCACGGUCGUUACUAAAGUUGGUAUAACUAGAGAAGCAAGCAGUAGGCAACAUUCAUCUCUUGAGGGAGUGUCUAACUCUGUGUUACGGUGUGUUUGACCCAACUUAACGCCGGAAUAUCUCUUUAAGUUGGUACAGCGCUUUCCCCCAAGCUUACUGCAGCUAAUUUGAGUCCCACAUGAACACAUUGCUGCCUGACAUUCGGAUGACAGAUUGAGCUCUCUUCAAAAAUACAUCUGUGCUAGAAUAUGUACUAAGGAUGGAGGUCAUCAUCUGUCUUUCAGAUAAGGAGCUGCAAGUCCUGCAGAGCAUAGCUGACUUGACAGUGAAGGCUACUGAUCAGGCUGUAUUCAAGUGUGAAGUGUCUGAUGAAAAAGUGACUGGGAAAUGGUUCAAGGAUGGUGUUGAGGUCCUGCCCAGUGAACGCAUCAAAAUGACACACAUCGGACGGUAUGAUAUCAGAUUGUGAAUGUAUUCACUAAACUAACAGCUUUUUAGCUUCCUAUCCAAACCAUUAGUGAGGAUGCACACAUUUAAACACAGACUCACACAAUCAUGUAGUUUUCACAAUAACCACUGCCUAGCACAUGGCUUUGCAAACUAUUACCAAAGGGUUUUCUUAGUUGUUUGACCCAAUUUUAGGAUAGGCUGCAAUCUGUAAAGCUCUCACCUCUAAACACAGACAAACACUCUCACACAUCGCACACCCCUCGGGUCUGGGGUUUCUCUCAGUAAUCCCUUCAUCAGAGGCGCCCAUAGCGGGAGAUAUGCCGAGGCAACAGCGGUCACACAAGGUGAAAGCCAUUUAGUAUGUUUCUCACUCUGCAAUAUUGCCUCAUGCAGUAUGUUGCCAAGGCAACUGUCUUUUGCAUAAGUGUGGGUCACAAAGAGUGUUGUCUCCCUGGUAACAUCUGGUAACAUGUCCCCAGGACCCACAAGCUGAUGAUUGAUGACGUGAAGCCUUCGGACGCUGGGGAUUAUACCUUCGUCCCUGAUGGCUAUGCACUCUCUCUUUCUGCAAAACUCAACUUCCUGGGUGAGGACACCAAAAUGUAAAGUAUUUUCAUUUCUAAUACGUACAAUCGUUUUUCACAAUUUAAAGAGGACUUAUGUUCUUCUUUUUAGAAAUCAAGAUUGACUAUGUCCCCAGACAAGGUAAGCAUGUUUGGAUGUUAUCUUAUUCUGAUGUCUGUCCAUGUCUUCUUUUUAUCUUAUUAACUGCCUAACGAGACAAAAGUCAUUAAAUCUAUUAAAUAAUGGAUGAACCAAAGAAGGGCACCUUUCAUGUACAGCUUGAACUUAAUGAGAGUUUGAAGAAAAUUGUGAAAACUUUGUAGAAAAAAGAGAAACUGUUUUUAAAAUUGGUUUUAUCUGUAUGUUGAUGUGCUCAGUUAAGUUGAGCUACAUUUACACCAUUAGGAGAUUUAUUUACUAUUACUGAUUUUAUGAUCUUUGUCUCAGUACAAAGAACCAGGUGAGAACGGAAAUAAGAACAAAAAUAUGGAGGCAAUACCAUUCAGGAUCAGAAUAAUUUAUUAAUGGCCACACAACAGAGUUGGUGGAAUUUGUUUUUCGGUACAGCACAUCAGGCUCACAUCUCCUGUGGGCCCGUUCAGGUAGUUAGUAUUUCUUACCUUCUUGCUUUCCCAUCAAGUUUUUUUUUUUUUUUUUCUACCUGUCUUCCUUUAAUGCAUUUACACUGUUGACUCUUGGGUCAAAGCCGUGAGUGUGUGAUCCGUGGAGCAUGUGCAGAACACCUCGGCCACUUAGGGUGGGAUUGUGGUGACUACGCACAAGAGAAAAUCAACCCCAAACAUAUUAUCAGAAAUUCAGCGUAGUGUGAUUUCAGCCAUGUGUGUGUUUACAUGUACUGUACUUUUAAAGUCCAGUCUCAACCAAACUGCCACAAAUAGUAAUUCACCAUAGAAACAGUGUGAACCCACAAAGACAUGAUCGAUAUAGACUGAUAAUGUGUUUAGCAUUUAGUAUUUAGUUUUAAGCCUCCCUUAAAGGAGUGCAGUUUCCCCCUCUUGUAUCAGCUUUAUUCUGCAACACUUGCUGUGUGGAUAAGUUUUUGCAGAUCAAUUCCUCUUAAAAUUUUACUUUUGAAAUGAGGUUGUUGAAUAGCGGUCAGAUAAUGUGUAGUGGCAAAUAUGCCACUCCAAAAAAAGAGAAUAGAACUAUGUGCUAUUUCUAAUUCUCCCAUGUUACAUUUUAUUUUUGCCUAAAAAUGGUCUAAAAAUCAUGCUGUUGAAUGCCUUUCUGAAAAAUGUCAGUGUUCAUGUCUGGUGAUGUUUCCAAACUGCAUGACCUUUUUUUCCAUCUUCUCCUCUCAUGUUUUCUGUGAAAGACCCUCCCAAAAUACACCUGGAUACCAGUGGCAGCGGCAACAAGAACACCAUUAUUGUGGUGGCUGGAAACAAACUUCGCUUUGACGUUGAGAUCACUGGAGAGCCCGCCCCCACUGUGUGCUGGAUGAAAGGAGACAAUGUGAGGAGAGGAUCCUCACCUCACACACUCUAAAACAUAACGUCACAUUUUUUCUACCUUUGUGCGUCAGUCUGAGCAUCCAGCCGUUAGUCACUCGGCCACAAAAGGAGGCUGAAACAUGAACCUGAGUGGGAAGGUUGAAUCAUGUCAUUGUGGCAGCUGUGCCAUAGUCAUGCAACACCUUUCUCUUCAAACAUCUCCUUUGUUCUUUCUGUCUGUCCCCAUCCUGCUCUGUGUGGUGCUGUAGGUGAUAGGUGAGACUGAGGGAAGAGUCCGCGUGGAGACCAGGAAGACCUUGAGCAGCUUUGUAAUCGAGGGGGCGGAGAAAGAGGAUGAGGGCCACUACUUCAUCACUGUGACUAACCCUGCAGGAGAGGACAAGGCUGAACUCAUAGUCAAGAUCGUGGGUUAGUGUUUUAUUUCACUUUGCCAACUCUCAGAUCAGUCUCUUUUGUGACUCCCACUCUGUUUUCCCAGCUGGUUUGGAAAAGUAAUGGAGGGAAACUUAUGAAAUAAAACAGUGACAAUAAAUAAGCAAAACUGUGAGUUUCAAGGCUAGUCCAGUGUUUUUGCACAUUUGCUGUUUAGGCUCUCUCAAAAAAUGGCAUUGACCCCAAAGAGAUGCUAAAAAAUUCAGAUUUUAAUCUUGCAAUUAUUUGAAGCUGAUCAAAAAGUUUCUGCAAUGUGUCAUCUUCUGACACCACCUUCUGUGACAGUCAUCUUCUCUGAAGACUAAACUGAGCACUAAGUGGAAAAUCAACUUUGACACCUGGUUAAAAAAAAAUGGAGAUCAAGUCUGGGAUUAUUGCUCACUUUUUUCAACUGGUGUAAGUAAGGUUACACUGUCAACAAAUUUUCAGACACAGUUUUAUUUUGCUGAAAGGAGGAUGAAUUAUUAUUCUAGUGCCCAUCUCGAGAAAAAUUUAAGCAGUUGUUGAUCUAUGCAAAGACAUUGUUUUUAUGCAUUUUAAUUCAAUGCAAAAUUCCUUCAUACUGCAUUUUUUGAGCUGAGUGAUGUGAGGAAGAUUCAGAGACAUUGUGACAACAUCAAUGUUAGCAUCCCCCACAGAAGGUGAAAACACAGACAGUGCAUACUCAGGCAUUUGAGCUGUGCAACUCCAGUAUUUUAUUGACUGUGAUGAGGUCUGGACUUGCCUGUUUGAUUCCUGGUUAUGGAGUCCAGGUUUUCAGAGGUGACCAUUGCUGUUAUGAUAUCAGAUUCUGACUUCAUAAAUAUCACAGCCAUAAAAUAUCCUGAUAACAAUAUUAUUGUGAUUUUUUGAAAACUUGAAAGUAAAACAAUUCAGUCUUGACAAAGGUGAAGCAACAGAUAAUAAACACAUUUACCUUCCCUGUCACCAUCUUUUUCUUAUGAUAUUUAAAUUCAUGGUUGACCAACAUCACCAGCCCUGUGACAGAAACUCUGUGGAGAACCCACUGACCCAUGAAGAUUGUUUUUAAUGCUUUUAUUGUGAUGGGUUUUGUGUCUUGUGUUUAGGUUUACCUAGUGGUACAAUUAUGCCUUUAUUUUGAGGUAAAAUCCACUGUAGUUUGUUAGUUGCUGAUCUAAAUGUAAAAAAAUUGAAAGAAUGUCAAGAAAGUAUCAAUAUCUGAUUGAUCAAUAAAUACACAAACCAGAAGAAACAAGCAGAAGAAACAAGAAACUGCUUUUCUUUUUUAGCUUUACUCUGCAUUAUGAUGUGUGGCAACCAGUGUUAAAAAAUACUGUGAAAAAACAUCUUAAAAUCAUCACACUGUGCGCCAAUCCUGGAGAUCUCCAAAAUAAAGUUAUCUAAAGUGGUCAUAAAAGAGAAACCGAAAAUCUCAAUAAUAAAUCAGAAACCAGCUAAAAAAGGAGUUCAGAGAGUUUUUGAAUUGAGUUAAAAGGAAACUGUCUAACCCCCUCCAUCGUCCUUCUCGCACCCUGUUAUAUUCUGCUUUUUAAUCUUUCCUCUCCUCCCAUUUCCAUCCAUGACCUGCCUCUCCAGAUGUGCCCAAUCCUCCAGAGAAUGUCAAAUGCACAUCAGUCGGUGAGGACUCGGCAAUAGUCACGUGGGAGCCUCCUUCAUUUGACGGUGGAGUUCCUGUUAAAGGUACCCAGGAUCCAGUGCUCACAUCUGAUGUCCUGGUCUCCAGAGGAAACAGCAGCCUAAAAUCUACUCUCUUUAUUACACUGCUCUGUGUAUUUUAACUAUUGCCUCAAUGAUUUUGCAAUGACUCCUCUGUAUGAUGAUAUCACUUUCUAAAGGAUACCUGAUGGAGAGGAAAAAGGUUGGCUCGUCCAGAUGGACCAAACUUAACUUCGAUGUUUACGAGUCCACCACCUACGAGGCGAAGAAGAUGAUUGAAGGUGUACUUUACGAGAUGAGAGUGUUUGCAGUCAACGGCAUUGGCGUCUCUCAGCCCAGUGAAAACUCCAAGCCCUUCAUGCCCAUUGGUGCGUUGCCAUUUAUCAUUAGCAGAAUAGUUAAUUAACGAAGGCUUUUCACACAAUGCUCAUUUUGAGGGAGCUUAACCUACCUCCCAUCCCAUUUAUACUGGGUAUUAACGUAUUAAUUAGCUCCUGUCUCUCUCAGCCCCCACCAGCGAGCCCUGUCGACUCACAGUGGAGGAUGUGACAGAUACUACCUGCGCACUCAAGUGGCGUCCUCCAGAGAAAAUUGGAGCAGGCGGUAUUGACGGUUACAUCGUUGAAUACUGCAAAGAAGGAAGUAAAUAUAUUUUUUUAUUCUUACGGAUUUUUUUUUUCAAACUGAAGUAAUUAUCCAGUUUACUCAGGGUCAUGUCUCUGGUCAGCUGCAGUGUGGAUUACUCAAAUUCUGUCAGGAUGUUGUGUUUACUUCAUCUAAGUUAGCAAAUUUUUAAAAUGACGAGAAUCAGGAUCCAGUAUCAUUUUAUCACUUCUGAAAUCAAUAGCAACUUAAAGGCAUCAAAAUCAAUCCAGAAAGUCUAGAUAUAAGGAAAACUUCACAUGCAAUAACCCAUAAUCUAUCGACAACAGCUGAAGUCAGCAUUCAACCAACUCCAACCAAACAUUUCUGUUUGCUAGCAAGCUAACAGAAACAGUAUGUUGUACCGUGGGAAGCAGGCAGGUUAAAGUGUGUGUGUGGGGACCCAACCAUGUGUGUUUGUUGAAUUUUUAUUCAGAUCUGUGGUGGGGAUAAAACACGGCAGUCUCUCUGUCCCUUUCCACCUCCAUGUGUCUCUCAGUUCCCAUUUUUCUAUCAGGCCUUCUGCUCUCACCUGGUCAAUCAAACAGGUGCAGGUCAAUCGCUAAUCAGUGCCUUUCAGGUGUCCUCUCCCUGCCUGGAGCAUGACCAAAUAGGAAUUAUUAAAGGAAACAAAACAAAACAACCAAAUUAAACUCCUCAUCGAAAAAGAUCAAUUCAAAAUCUGAUUGUCAUAAAAAAAACAACAACAUAUGUAUAUAUAUAUACAUAGCAACCCAAACAAAUUCAUCCAAAUUACACACUAGAUGAAUUUUAAAUAAAGGAGCCCCCCCCCCCCCCCCCCACACACACACACACACACACACACACACACACACACACAACACACACAUUAAAUAAUAAACAAAGAAAUAAAUGAAUAAAUAAAAAAAAGAUAAAAAUGAGAAUAAACUACUAAAGGAAAGGGAGACAUUACUCCCUGGCACAGUACUGUUUGCUAUAAUGUAGUUAAAUGCUAGUUUGGGGUGUUUUCGGGACUUUAAUGUGUCAACAAGCAUUUUUUAGUACAUUAUGAAGAGUUAUAGAGUUUCUUUUAAAUUAAAGCAGUAAUUUAUAGUUUGAAUUGGUUGAAAUCUUUUGUAUUGUAGCUUUGUGUCUUUGGGUGAAAAAUACAUUAUGAUGACAUUUAUCUCCUUCCAGCAUUACUUUUUAUUGUUAAGCUUAACAGCCUUUAUUUUCAGUGUACUAACACAGACCAUGCCAAAACAGCAAUGCUUUCUACAUUUUAGGCCAAAUAACUCACAGUCUGCGACUAGAGAUCAGCCAUUUGUUGAGGUUUUACAGUUUGAAAACUUGUUGGUUUCUUGUUAUCGGUCUCUUAAUUGCUGCAAUACAUUCCUCAGGUGAUGAGUGGGUUCCAGCCAAUGAGCAGCUGAUUGAGAAGAACCAAUACAGGGUGAAGGGUCUCCCAGUAGGAGAGAAGAUGCUGUUCAGGGUGGUGGCUGUCAACAUCGCUGGGCGCAGCCCUCCUGCUGUUCUCUCCCAGGCUGUUACAAUCAGGGAGAUCAUGGGUCAGGGUCAUGUUUGCCAGCACUACAUUCCCACAAAAUUAAAUUAUGGCCCAUUUUACAGUAUUCCAUGAUUAAACUUACCACUGGGUCACAAUAAUUGUAACUGAAUUACUAUGAAUAAGUCCUUCACUACUGACUCCACUGUGUGUGUUCACAGAUCAAUAAUGUAUAUCUCUGGCACACAUACAUAAACUUACACAUAAUGUAUGAGCUGUACAUUGUAUACAUUUCACAUUUAGUAGUACACUCAUCCAGACCCACCCACCCAGAUGUUACUUUCUUACCCUUCUUUGUCUUGUGUUCGUUCACCAGAGCACCCAAAGAUUCGCCUGCCUCGUCAACUCAGAACCAAACUCAUCUGUCUAGUGGGUGAUAAAGUGAACUUGGUCAUCCCGUUUCAGGUUAGUUCAUGUCCGCCAAAGUCCUACUUUUGUUCUGAUUUAAAGGCUUAAUCUAAGUUGCACAUGAACAGAUUAAACCAUUUCCAAAGAAACAAUCUGCUUGAAGAUGGAUUUGUGUUUAGAGGGUGAAUCAGAAUUUUUAAACAAGAUCUUCUGUUGCUCCUUGAAGGUAAAUUUUAUUAGAUUCAUAAUUUCAGGGGUACCUGAAGUAAAAAUGAGACAGUGUUUUUUUUUUUCUUUUCUUUUACUGUUUUACUUUGUUUAUGUCAGUAUUAGUACGUCUUCAAAUGUGCUCUAGCCCACCUGUGUUCUUUGAUUAGAAGGAGAAGUCAGAUAAUUACUUUAGAUUUUCUCUCAGCUGCCAUCACAAAGGGCUUUUUAUCCUCUUCUAAAUAUGAUAAUCAGAUCUAUAUAAUACACUGGAUACAGAGAGGCCAAGAGCUAAAAGGGCACAGGGAGCAUUACAGCAUUUGACAGCAACUUUCAAAGUAUGGCAAAAGUAAAAAGAAGCUAACCACAUGUAGCAAAGGGGAGCCCACUGUUAUGAAUAAAAAUAGACAAGAAAAAGUCAGCCAUGGCUCUGCAUGCUUUUGAAGACGCGGAUGAAAGCUUGUUCUGAGACAGACGACGCAGCUACAUGAUGUUCUCCUGUGAGAACAGAGCACCCACAUCUCUGUCAUCUUAUCCAAGUGCUGGACAGAGACUGCUCCAUCUGCUGUUAUCACACCCAGGGACUAUGGAGUGUUGCUAGGAAUCCAGCAAACCGAACUUGCUCCGUUUUUUGGGGGGUUAGGAUUCUGACAGUCGGCAUGUUUUAGGAGGCUUUAGUAGACAGGGGAUGGUCUUAUUUAAAAACAAACGCUACUGGUUUUAAAGUUGAGUAAAACACAAAAAAGCUAAAAAGGAAAAAAAGUUGGAAACCGAGGAGCAUGUUUUGCAAAACAUGGUGUUGUUGCCACAAGUUGUCUCUCUACUUGUGACAUACAAGUCAAAGUUUGUUAAAGCUCCUGUUUUUUGAUGUCCAUGAAAAUGGCAAUAAUUUAUAUUGAUGCCUAUUCAUGAGAUCUAAAAUAACGGGGGCAUCAGCAACAAAACUGGCUAUUUUUGUUUUUCUAAUGACUGAAACCAGUGGAGGAGGGUAGGUGUCAGCUUAGCAGCUGACGAAACUGUACACAUUUUUAAAAAUUAUUUUGGCAAUUUAUUUAUAAAAGGUUGACAAUAAAUGAUGCCUGUCAAAAUUCAGCAGGAAAAUCACUACCUAAUCAUGUGGAGGACACGAUUCACAAAGAAUGCUUUGUCUGCACGGGGUGUCAAAAUGAAAAGAGAGUUCCUCAGAGCAGCUUUAAGUUAAACUAAACCUCUGAAAAGAGGAUUUUUUUGCCAUAAAUUAGGCACAGUCAAAGGUAACCUUACCAGAAGAUUUAUUCCACUGAUUGUCAAAUCUCAAAAGUACUUGUUAUAUGAUUGUACAAAACUUGAAAAGCAGCAAAUCAUUACCAGACAGGGAACUAGAGCCACACAUUUUUCCAUAAAACUAAUGCUAUCUGGUUUAGCUCAAUUGGAAAGUAUUGUAUAUAAAAAAAAACAUGAAUCAUGUGUUAAAUUGAAUCAUGUGUGAUGGCCUGUUUAUGAAGACAUGUCUUGUACAGCUCAUGAAUAAAUAGUGUCAGUGUUUUUAUGGCAACAUGGUGAUGAGGAUAUGAGGUAAGACUUGUAUGAGACAUCAUAUGUGUUUUUCUGUUAUUGAGAUCAUCUUUACCUCGGAGAUCUUCGACAGAACAUCUGUAAGACAAUUUUAAGCUCAGCUUUAGAGGCUGAACCUUCAUAAUCAGACAAAUUUGAGAGUCAUCUUAUUUUUCACUUAGCUGAGAUCUUGGAACGAGACAACUGUGAGACAAUUUGAAGAACUCAGACAGUGAGACUAAUAUAUCUCCUUUUUGAAAGAAGGUUCAAGAAUGACAACUGUAAGACCAGAACCCACACAGGAAUGGACCUUUUAUUAUUAUACUUUUUCACAUUUCUAUGUGUACUUUUAUGUAUAAAACAACACAUAGUUGCAGUGAAGUGGUACAUUAAAAAAAGUGAAUACUGUAAUAAAAUGUUAGGUUAAAAGAGAAAGAUAGAGAUGCAUACACGCCAUAGCACACAUGAAGCUAUGUAACAAUAGUGUUAACAGCAACACUAAAGGGGAAACAAAUGGAUCAUCAGAGACUCUAACAGUAUCACCUCUGUUUCCAUCAUUCAAGGUAGAUCAAAUCUAAGACAGCUUAUCACUUCUUUGUGUGAGAUAUGUGUCCCAUUUUUACCAUAAAGCAUCCCAUUUGUCAUUCUACAGGCUACGACUCAAAGCCGUAUGUUCUGUACACUCUGUGUUUAUAACGGUGUCUGUCUGCUGAUUAAUGGGUUUUAGUUCCUCACAGAGCCAUUGCUCUGUUGUUGCCCUUUAGCUCACAGCUUUAGUGAUUUUUAAGAGCUAUCUGUCACUUUUGGGUGACUUUAGAUCCAUAUUUCCUAAGUAGGAGGAAAGGCAGGUAAAUCUAGUAUCAUUGUUAACUACUUUCUAAAGAGGUUAAAGAGUAGGGAGAGCCCAGUUUAUAUAUGAGCAAUCUGCCUCCCCAGUAUUCUAGUUGUGCUCUCGUUAUUCACAGACUGGAUGCUAUUUAUCAGGAGUCAGAAAUAACACUAUAAACAUCUGACUAAUCUCUUUUUGAUGGUGCUGAUUUUUCUGAAGGAAACAAAGAUGAGACAUUAAGAAGACCUAACCCUAAGUUUAUAUCUCAGUUAUGGAAUUGGUGGUAUCUGGCACAUUCAGAUAAUGUCGUAUCUAAAUAAUGUAUCCGUCUCUCAGUUCCUGUCUGUGACUCUGUUUCUUGAAUGCUCUCUCCAUGUCUUCAUACCCAGGGUAAGCCUCACCCCGUUGUGACCUGGUUGAAAGACGGAGUCCCCCUGGAGGACAAAUCAGUGGGAACUCGUACCAGUGGGCUGGACACCAUCCUCUUCAUCCGCUCUGCAGAGAGAGACCACUCUGGAAAAUACACGCUCUGUGUGCAGAUUGAAAACAUGUCUGACAGCGCUGACAUACAUAUCCAGGUUGUAGGUCAGUAUCUUGAUGAUAACAGCAGCUCUGUGCCCCUGUUGCAUGUUCAUUAAGUGUGAUUAGACCGCCAGGCAUGGCUUGGUUAAUAAUCUGCUUGGUAGGGGAUGAAGGGUUAAGCUCAAAUUGGUGAUACGUCAAGACUUUUCCAAAUGUGAUGAUUAAUCCUAAUUUCAAACUCCUCAAGAUCUGUGACUCAAAGCAGAAAAUCAUCAAAGCAUUGAUUCCUCCCUCUCUUGCAAUAAUCCUUCACUCCUGCAUCGCCAUCGUGGCCGCCAGCUCAUUCCCCCGCUUACAGCUCGUCUCCAAGGGUCAGGGUGCUCUGUGGUUUAUUUAGUGUGGGGUUCUGCUGGGAUUAUUUGUGUGUAGCCUGGGAUUAGUUUGGGAUUUUUAGGGCUACUCUGUCACUUUCCUCUGCUGAGAAGGUUGAGCUAAUGAGAGGCUGAUAUGUCACUGCGCUGUUUCAGUGGGAGACAGUACAGGGAGGAUUAACGGGAGACAACAACAGUAGUGCUGUUCACUGUUUGUACUGUACUCCACAGAGGAGAGCAUGCAGGGGAAGAUAAAUGACAAAUACAUUACUAUGUUGUACAGUAUUCCUCUCCUGUGCUUUGUAUAGUGCAGACCACACAGAAAGACAGAUGAUAAACACACUACAUUCUUCUGCUCCAUAAUCCCAGUGCACAAAGAAUACUAUUUCUCAGUGAGUCAGUUCCUUGCCAGCACAGUUUUUCUAGAAAUGUAUUCAGCUGUCUCUGCCUUUCCUUGAACCUUUGUCUUUUAGUCUGCUAAUCCGUCAAUCUUUGCCAAAUCUCCACUGCUGCGAGCGUGGAUUUCUUCCUUGUGGUUUGACUUUCCUGCUCCAGAUCUGUUCAUCAGUCUACUUCUUUCUCUCUUUCUUUUUCUAUCACUAAAAGCUUGCCUAAACAUCUUCUCAGGCAGGGAAAAGAGUUAGUCACUUCAACAAGCUAUGCUUUUACACAAGCUUUAUGUCUUGUCCAUAGUUAAGAUCAAAAUCCUCUGAUUCUGUCUGUCUUCUUCUUCUCUCACAAACCUGACAGAUAAACCUGGACCUCCCAUCUCGGUGCAAGUCACAGACAUUUGGGGUUUCAACGCUGCACUGGAGUGGAAGCCACCCAAAGACGACGGCAACUGUGAGAUUAUUGGCUACUCCAUUCAGAAGGCUGACAUGAAGACGAAGGUACACACAACAGGAGGGGAAACAUAAAGAGGGUUCAAAAAUCAAAGUCAGGGCAGUGGCCUUAUUAAACCUCUGGAGUAACAACAGCAGUGGAAGUAAAACAUGUCAAUAAAUCCAUCUGAAUUGGAGUUAACACCUUGUUUUCCCUGAAGUAUGAGACAUGUAGAUCUGUAAACAAACUGAUGAGAGCUCUAAAGUCAAACACAAGGUAGUGCAUGUUGGAUUUUAAUGUCAGGUCAUCUUUUAAUUUUAUUGUGACGCUAGGGACAGUUUUGAACAUUGGUUCGGGGAGGCUUAUUUUAUUUGCUAAGUGAUCAUUGUAUCUGUGUUUUAUAUCAAAAUUAUAAACUUCUGAAUGUCUGUAAUAUAUCACCAUCACUAUUAGAUUCAUGAUGUAUUAACUCUUUUUCAGAAUUCUAGAAUAAUUUAGCCAGAUCAAUGAAAUCAAAGUCAGAAUCUUUCUUUUUUUCUCAGAAGUCUGGUAUAAAAUUCUAAAUUCUGACUUUCCAGAAUUUCUGGAUAAAUUUCAGGAUUCUGUGAAAAAGUCAGAAUUCAAACUUUUUAAAAUUUUGAGAUAAAGUCAGAAUUUGGAGGAAAGAAAAGGGAAUUCUGACUUUGCCAAAUUUUUGAGAUCGAUUUAAUUUAGAAUUCUGACUCUCAUAUUAGGAAAAAAGUAAUUUUAGAAAAAAAGUUUUUUAGUUACUCUUCUCACUAUGUGUUUACAGUAAUGUCUGGAAAAUGUCAGGAAGUUACAUGUGAAUUGGGCUCCACAUACAUGUCAGGAUUAAACUCACUAAUCUUUGACAUUGUCCGUGAACUAAGGACAAACAUAUUAGACUGGUCAAAAAGAUUGCUGUUUUAGUGUAUUACUGAUGACCCCUCUGAUUGGAGGCAUGUAUUUACCUUACAAGGUCAUGAAAAGGUCUAUUAGUUUUUGAUAUGUGGCUUUACUUUGCACCUACUCAUACAUGUUUUUUCUAGGUUGUAGCAGUUAGAACGAGAUUUGAAUGGUGUUAUUUAGUUUUUGGUUGUGGUGACUGUGCUGAAUGAAUCAACAGAGAAGAACAAGGAUGUUUUAGAUGGAAGAUUCUUAAGCUUGUAUAGAUUUCAGUCAUAAGCCUCUCUGAACCUCUCUCUCUUCCUAUCUCUCUCUCACGUCAGGAGUGGUUCACGGUCUAUGAGCACAAUCGCAGGCCCAGCUGCACUGUGUCUGACCUGGUCAUGGGGAACGAGUAUUCCUUUCGAGUGUACAGCGAAAACAUCUGUGGCCUUAGCGAAGAGCCCGGCGUCAGCAAGAACACCGCCAUCAUUUCCAAAACAGGUAAUAAAAUCCUUGCAGAAUUAAGCACAUGAUUGUCACGCUUUUGCUGCCAAAGACCAUCAAAAACUGCUCAGUGAGAAUAAAGCAAACAUGAUGGUGUUUAAUGGGCCCUGUACAGAAAAGGAAUGAUUCUGGGAAUCGUGAUUAAGAUUUCAUUUCAUCAAUAAUACCAUAAAUAGAAACUGUAACACAUUAAUAUUACAAGACUUGAAUUUAAUUAAUUACCUCAGUGUGAUUUACACAAGAAUCAAUUUCACUGAUUAUUCUGGAUAGAAAUAAUCUUUGACAGAGUGUUAAAUAAUAUUUAAAACUGGCCACGGAUUAUGAAAACAACCAGGCUGGGAAAUGAACACCUGCCACCAGCCAAAUGCUGCUACUGUUGUUGUUGUGUUGUUGUAUUUGCUUACUCUACUAGAGGAUUUGGCUGCCAACCAGUCAAUCUCUUCUGUUUUCCAGCAGCAGUCUGGCCUAUUAAAUCAUGGGGAUUGUUGUCAGUAGUUCCCAGCUCAUAUCAUGGUGAAGCAAAAGUCAGAUUUCUCUCCUCAAAUCUUCAUCUGAAACUUAAAAGAGUGUGUAAGUGUAACUGGACGAGGAGCUAAAAGAGAUAAAUGUGGAUUUUAUAACUAUCAUUUCAGAUAAUGCUGAACGGAAUUCUUGGACAGAUUUGAGUGAAAAAUCUGACAGAGGCUGAACAAAAUGUGUAGUUUGAGUUAAAUGAAUGUGUCACAAAUAUUCUCUUCAAUACGGCAUGGUUUUUACCACACAAUUUCAGCUUUUUGGAGCAUCCUCAUAGAUAUUCUCGAUCUGUUAGGACAGAUUAUCGCUCUCAACUUUUUGCAAUUUUUACUAUUCUUUAUCAUGUUUUGUCAACUACUGAUGGAUAUUUCUGCUGAGAGAAGAGUGUAUUCAAGAGGAGAGCUUCUUUCAUUGAGACAGAGCAAAUCCUGACGACAACAUCCAAUUCCAGAGGACAUCAGGAGGCUAAGUGAUGGAGAUAUAAACCUUUUCUUCCAUCAGUCAUCACGGGAAACAUUCAGCUCUCUGCCCAACAAAAGUGACAAAGUGGAGAUAUUGGUGAAGACUGAGAAAGCUCACUGUCAGUGCAGUCUCCUGUAUUUUACUGAAACCUGGUUGAAUCAAUACAACUCAGAUUCCAGUGAAGAUCUACCUGGCUUCACUCUCAUAAGAUCAGACAGAGAUGCUAAAGCUAGUGGAAGAAGAAAGGAGGAGGUCUGGCUUUAUUUGUCAACCAGAGAUGGUGUAACCCUUCAUACAUAACUGUCAAGGAGAAGUUGUAUUGUUCAGAUAUUGAACUGUUGGCAGUUGCUCUUCAGCCAUAUUAUGUUCCAAGAGAAUUCAGUCAUAUCAUAACAAUACUUGUUUACAUCCAACCCAAGGCAACGGCUGAAGUUCUGUGUGAUGUUGUCCAUGAAUCAAUAACUAGGAUACAGACUCAACAUGGGGACAAACUGGUGAAAAAAGCUGGCUCUGUGGUUGGUAUCAAGUUGGACUCACUGGAGGAUGUGGUGGAGACUGUAGUGCACAUUGAGGAAGGUGGCGGAUAUUUUUAAGAACAUGGAUCAUCCACUUUAUCACACCUUGAUGGAGCAAAACAACAAUGGUGGUAGACGGCUUCCGGACAGAAAGAUUCAGAAGAUAUUUUGUAUCCAUCAGCCAUCAGCUCUCUUUAUUCUUCUAUAAUUAGUAGAUGAAAUGUAAUUCCAUAAUUAUAAUAAUAAUGAUAAUAAUCUAUUAUUAUCAUUAUUAUUUACAUUUUUCUUCUUCUGGAUUUUCAACAGAUAUCCUAAGUUUGAGACUAGAAAUGGUUACUGUCUUAAAAAUAAGGAUACAGUAAGGUUUUUAUUUUCAAAAUCCAGUUCUAACCCUAAAUUUGAUACCCUUAAAGUCUCCUGCUUUGUGAAGAUUUCAUGGUUUUGUGAAAAAAAAAACAAGCAUCAAACCAUCAAAACCAGGAGUUUAAAAUGAAACAGUCAUAAUUGACCUUGUUUGAGGGUUGAAGUUUUUCUCAGCAGUCACACAGAUGUCUCUUAUAUAAUGGCAGCCUGAUGGGAAAAUACUUUUUGGGUCACAAAGGAAUUGUAUACUGAAAACUCACAUGAAGCACUAAGUAAAACUAAAAAUGAGGCUCAGUGGAGUCAUCUCACUGCUUCACCCAUGGACACCAGCCUGACGCUAGCUGGAUAACAGCCACUGAUUGAUGAGCUUGUGCUCUGGCUGCACAAUUUAUCCCAAAUUUACUGAUUUCAUGAUAUGAGCACUUGCAAAAACUAAUUUAAUGUACACAUCCAAUGUUUUCUCUCUCAGCAUGUAUAUUUAUUCCUGUCAAAUGGAAGCCUGGGUAUAGUGGCCAUGCUUUUACACUGUGUUGAUGCAGUCAAAUCAACCUCAGAUUAAAGCUGAUUAUUUAUGGACAAAAAAUGUAUCAUGAAUUCAGAAGAAACCUGCUAUAAACACAGGUCCUGUGUGAAAUAUGAAGACCAACAGAUGGACACAGGAAAAUAUAUAGUUAUUUUAGACAUUCAUAUUACAGCACUGAAUAAUCUUAUUACACUGCUUUUUUCAUGUUGUGCUGGUGUAAAGUCAGAGUUGAUCAUAAAAAGUCAGAGUUGCUCUUAAAGGGCUGACGCAGUUUGUUUUGUUUGAGUAAAAAAGACGAAGUCACAGGUGUGAUGAAAAAGACACAAUCAAAACAAUAUUUAUAAGGUUCUCAUUUUUCAUAUCCCUAUAGGUGUUGCCAAAGACAUUAUCAGUGUAAGUUUUUGAUAACGAAAAGUGUGACCCUAAAAUUAUUUUAGCUGAAACAUCAGACAUUUAAAAUUCAACAUAUUUUCCCCACUGCAUGUCUAAUCUUGUCGCAUUUACUAAAAACAGCUCCUUGUUUAAACCUCGUUUCACCCUGGUUUAGUAAGAAAUUUUAUUGUAGUGAUAAAGUAUAAAUCAAUGAAGAUAAGGUGCUAAGGAUGACAUACUGCAGAUUUAAACAUACAUUUCUGAUUGAUUGUUUAAUUUAGUUUGAAGAAAGCUGAUUUUUUACUACAAGUAAAGACCAAAACUAGACUAAAACCAGUAAGGGCAAAAAUGUGUAAAUGUGAGUAAGACCAAAGGGCUUUUUUAGCCAAAGGAGUAAGACUAAAUUUAGCUGCCAAAAUUCACACUAGGAAUACGUAAUAUUGCAAUGUCAACUUUUCCCCAAUGCCAUGCAGCCCACACUUACUGAAGUCCACCCUCUUUGUAUGCUUUACUUCUCCACCUGUCCAGGUUUGGCCCAAAAAAAUCAGCCCUUCAAAGAAAAGGACAUUAGUUGUUCCCCUAAGUUCACAGCACCUCUGGUGAACAGAUCUGUAGUUGCUGGAUACACCACCGCCAUCAGCUGUGCUGUCCGGGGCCACCCCAAGGUACUACAAAUUGAAGUGUGUCAAAGUUUUGAUUCAUUUUUAGGGAAAGGACAUUUAUUCUUCAAUCAGGACCUUACCUGAAACACUUCUUUUUUGUUGUCCUUCCUUAAUUUUUGCCUUUUAUUCCUGUUUAUUUUUUGUCUUACAUGCAAGAGCUGCUGUCUUUUUAACUUCUCUUGAAAACAAAUUCUCCAAGUUUGAUCACGUCACCACUGCAUAAAUAGCAUAAAAAGUAUAAAUAAUAAACUAAGACGAUAAUUCUGUUCAAAAAUAGCAUGUUUUUGAUAGCAAUGUUAUCUUUUACUUUAUCUUACAAAGAGUUAGGGAUUUACACUACUUAACUGUUGCAGAAUCUAUCCAGCACCCACUUUACCUGUGUUGGCCCCUGUUAGGAUUGCUGCAAGGGCAUGCUGCACAGAUUUCAUGCUGUAGGUUUGAGAGUCAAAAAGGGAGUGUAGAACAGUCAGAGAGCAAUUUGAUGCCUUUGCAGCAGGAGUGUAUUUUUGUGUCUGAUGCAAGAUGCAAGAGCAAGAGGUGGAGCACAGAGAUCUUUGAACGCAAACAUUUCUUUUUGGCAAAGAUUUGUCAGGCUGAAAUGUUGACCUAAUUUCACCUCUUCCCUCUGCUCUCCUCCCCUCUCCUGUUUAUACAUCCGCCCACCUCCUCCAUUUCUCCCUCCAAAUGUGCCUUCCCCUCCAACACAGCCGAAGAUCAUUUGGAUGAAGAACAACAUGAUCAUCGGUGAAGACCCCAAGUAUUUGAUGAUGAACAAACAGGGUGUCUUGACUCUGAAUAUCCGCAAGCCAAGCCUCUUUGACGGGGGCAGGUACUCCUGCAGGGCCAUCAACGAUCUGGGGCAGGCUGAGGUGGAGUGCAAAGUGGAAGUCCGAGGUAUGCUACAAGAACUGAUCACCAUUUUGUGAAAGUUUGGAGUAUAAUGAGCUGAUCUGUUUUUUUUAGGGCAAGUCUUUCUUUGACAGACUGCAAUAAAGCUCAGCAUGACAAAUCUCUAUCCUCAUUCUUAACCUUUCGACUCAUGUCUUGUUGAAAUUCUCACAGGCUAAAAAUAAAUCACCUUAUUGUAUCUGCUAGUUAAAUAUGACUGUGAGUGCUGCAGUUUUGGCUAACAGAAUGCUCCACUGGCCUCACAUGCUGAUUUCCAUUUCUCUUUAUCUCCUCAGUUGUUCAAGAGAAAGGAGAAGAGGCGAAGAAAUGAGUGACAGCGCGAAACAGCCAAGGAUACAGUCGAACAGGAAUAGUAAUGGAUUAUGUAUAACGGGAUAGUCAUGAAUAAAUAUGAUUAGAAUAGAUCACUGGUGAAGCUCUAAAGCCAAUCCCCCCUGCUCUACCCCGCUUCCCUUCUACACGCUUUGCCUUUCAGUGCUGCUAUGACAAAUGCCACAUAAGUAAUAUGCCGUGAAUUCAUCCAGCAAGCUGGCACCUUGUCACAUCCUAAGUGAGAGAAGCUGCAGUGUAGUGUAGUAGCACUGCCCCGUUGUGACCACACACAGAUGGAACCCUCUUAUCUGUGAAGUGGACCUGUCACUGAACACACUUAUAAAACAGCCUUUCAUCCAUUAUGA